AUGGAGCUUGAUAAACAGUCGGUUUGGGGGUCUCUGAAAGAGAAGACACGGCCCUUCAUACAGAACUUGACUGUCAAGAAAACCAAGAGAAGCUCGCACAAGUUAUUAAAUGUUGAUAAAAGGCAUUCUCUAAGUCACCGGAUGAGUGUGUCUGUGCCAAACAUGAUGGAUAUGGGAUGUACAAUACAAGAGGAGAGUGAUUACACAGAGUCUACUGUUUGUGCUACCUAUGUUUCCCCUAACCAUUCAUCUCCAGUGAUGUCUCGAAGCAGAACAAGACAAAUUGUUAAGCAUUCAAGAGAAAGCAGGACCUGGGUACAGGAGGAUAGCGGUGUUCACAUGGAAAUUACAGUGACUGAACCCGACGGCCUGGACUUUUCAGAUUCUGAAACCAAAGAGGAGGAUAUAUAUGGAGAUGAUUCUCAGAUCCUUGAAAUGAUGAAGCGGGAAUGCAUGGGAGAUGUCUUGUCCGAUAAAAAUACACUGGUAUGUAAAUUUUUAUUGACUCUGCAUAAUCACACUGACACAUUGUUUCCGUAAGUAGGUUCAGUGUUAUGAAAUUCCUGCAGGGUUUUUUUUUAACUAAAGUGAGAAUUCCAAGUGAAUUUUAAAUGUUACUGCCCAAAUGCAAAAGUUACUAUUUAGUAGAUAUUUUUCCACUGAAAAGGAAAUGCAUAAUUAAGUGCAUGCAUGUUUUUAUCUUUGAUGUAUACCUAUAUAAAAAAUCUUAAAGCUGCAGAUAUCUUGUCUGCAGCCUUAGCAAGCCCUCCCCUUCUAACCAGCCCAUACCUUCUGCCACACAGACACCCUACCAUCCCCACGCAAAUGGCCAUGCAACAUUGUCACGCCAUGUAUAUACACUAUCACCGUUCCCAAACACUUUCAGCCCCCACACAGUCUCCCCCUUCAACCAGCCACACUGACAUUAAACCCUCCUAAUCCUGUCACUCUCAACACUUCCAACCAUACCAAAGUCACCUGCUCUUGCUUUACAACAAUUACCCUAUCACAUUAACCCCCAAUCCUGUCUGACUCGAGCUUCUCUUGCGCUCAGUCUCCAACCCUGUCCCACUCAACCCCUUCACCAUGCCAUUCAUGCUACCACAUAAGUUCCCCCAACUGUGCCACACUCGCCCCCCAACACUGCCACACUCGCCCUUUCACAUUAAUCUAAUCUAAACCUGCCACCUUAACCCCCUUUAUUUUGUCACACUUGCGUCCCCUCAUUCUGUUACACUUCCAAACAUGGCACAUUCAUCUCAACCCUUUGAUGCACCCCCCAACUAUGCCACAUGCAGCCUGUCAUAUUUACCUUCUCCAAUCCUGUCCCACUUCCCCAUGCCCUGCCACUCUCUCCUCCAAUCAUGUCACAAUCGCCCCCUCACCCUGACCGUUACCCCUUUGCUUACCUUGUCACAGUGACAAACUAAAGACAUUCAAUACACACACACACACACACACACACACACGUCACAGUCAGCUACAACACACAUACGAUCCCAGACACAUACACACUUUUUUAUGCACACACAGGUAGACCAUGCCAGAUGCACUCAAAUACACACGCCGACAGUGUAUACACGACUGCAAGGCUAUGUAAUCAUACCCCCUCAGUUGUGUGUAAAUGAAUAGCAUAAUUGCUAAUUUAAUUUAGUUUGCAAAUUAUGCCAUAACUAGUCAGAGAACUCACAACACAGCGGCACAGUGAGCUGCAACACUGCAAGCCUCUGAACAAUUAAUACAGAGACUAGCUCUCUGUAUUGAAGUAGAAGCUUGCAGAGCUGGAUACAACUACAGCACCUUGUGUACACAAUUUUUUUUUUAUUUAUUUUUUUUUUACUUUAGUGGGCUUCAUGUUUGAGUUUCGCCUAAGGUCUCACAAAGUCUAGAGCCGCCAUUGCUUCACGUCUGUGCCUUUCCAAUCAGACGUUUUAAUGCAGCCCAAUGAGAGGUCUGUACAAGGCAGGUGCAAAGGGCUGUCAUGCAAUUGAACCUGUUUUCCUGGCAGCACAAACGAAAUUUAACAGAACCAAACAUUGAUAAACGCCCAUUCUGCUUUUACUUGGCGGGGUUAAAAGAAUAGACCAGGAAGUGAUUAGUUAAGAAAGCCACCGAACAGGAUGUGUAUUGUUCCAAAAUCACAAGCCUAAGGCUUUAUGGAUUUGGCAGCUGAAUUGUAUUUGCAAGGUUCUGAAUAACCUGUGAAAAACAAUUUUCGGUCUCAACCAUGGAGUACUUUGAUUAUUAGGUUAUCUAAAAUAGGCCUUGAUUAAACUUGUUUGCAUCAGAAGUGAGGAUUGGGCAGUAGGGCAGCAAGUGUCCUUUCUUCUUCCAUUUAUAGAUCUCAUUAAAACUUGGAGCUACAGUAAUGCCAGUGUGGCAUAGGUCAUGCCUUUAAAAAAAAAAAUAGUGAUAACAUCCUUAUAUAUAUGCUGCAGUAAAAAGGUAAAGCAGCAGCCUUCUCACUGAAACAGCUCUAAAAACACCCAAUAAAAUCAAACGAUAAAAAGGUGCACUAUACCUUUAAAUAUUAAAGUGCUACAAAGUGAAAAAGUGUCCGUGCCCUGUGCAUUCAGGAAUUACCUUUAUAUUAUAUUAUUAGAAUAAUGUGCAAAAUUGCCAUUUAUGUGCUAAAUAUACUAAAAACUACUUACUAAAGAAAUGGGGAUUUCACACUAUUUCUUCCAGGGAUGCAUAAGGACAUAAAAAAAGACAGAAAAAUAAACAUAGUAUAAUACUGUAUAACAAGAAAUUCUAAGAAUGAUCAUAAAAAUAGAAUCAAACUCACAAGAGGAGAGCAGUAAGAAGUCUGCUCUCACUUUUCUCGCUUGUGUCCACACAUGGGACUAAAUGCAAAUAGGGAUCAGAGUAUGGCAGCUUGAAUGUAGAAAACUCUUUAUUUACAACAAAGUUAAAAAGUUCACAGUACACAUGAGCAUGUGCUCCCUUAUCCACAGGAAUUCAUACCCCUAUGCUGCAGUGGAGCUUCAAAACCGCGGCUAGCACUAGCGGUCUCCUUGAAAAUCGGCACCUGCAGGGGGUUCUUCUGGGCUACGUUCCGUCUCGUGUUAGCUUGAUGACGUCAAUGCGUAGGCGGGUGCUGAUUUUCGAGGAGACCGCUAGAGCUAGCUGCGGUUUUAAAGCUCCACUAGGGGUAUGUGUGGACACAAGUGAGAAAAGUGAGAGCAGACUUCUUACUGCUCUCCUCUUGUGAGUUUGAUUCCAUUUUUAUGAUCAUUCUUAGAAUUUCUUGUUAUACAGUAUUAUGCUAUGUUUAUUUUUCUGUCCUUAUGCAUCCCUGGAAGAAAUAGUGUAAAAUCCCUAUUUCUUUAGUAAGUAGUUUUUAGUAUAUUUAGCACAUAACAAAUUGCAAUUUUGCACAUUAUUCUAAUAUAAAGGUAAUUCCUGAAUGCACAGUGUACGGACACUUUUUUUUUUUCUCUUUGUAGCACUUAAUAUUUAAAGGUAUAGCGCACGUUUUUAUCUUUUGAUUUUAUAGGUCAUGCCAUUGUUCAGCAACUUUUUUUUUUCUUUUUUUUUUUAUAUGCCUUUCAUUGUAAUGGUUUCACAGAUACAGUUUAGAGAACAUGAUGGGUUACAGUUUUCCCCCACACAUAUCACUGACGAUACAGACCUAAGGUGUAGCAAAGUUUUGUUCUGGUCAGAAUGGAAGGGGUGACUGGGUGAUCAGUGGCCCUCAGAAUUUUUCAUCAAUAAAAGAUGGCAGGAAAUCAUCCCUUGCUAUUUUUAUUUAGGUCAGAUGUACUGUAUAUUGGCUUUUAAUUUUGGCAACUUAGAACUUAGCAUUGCGUAGCUAUUAGACCUGGCGAUAUGAUGGCAGUUUUUGCAUGUCGGCACAGUCACCUUUUUGUCCUACUCUUUAAACUGCCUGAAUUGCCCUAACUAAUUUAUUUACUUGUGUUUUUUUUCUUUGUACCAGAAUUUGGCCUAGCCGAACAUUUCUUUGGAAAAAUCUAAUUGGUUUUCAAUAGACCUGUGCAGGGCGAAACAAACUGCAAAAUGUAUUGUACAUGUAAAUGUAAACUUAAGGGCAGAUUUGGGGAAAAUAUUCAACUCUACUAUAAUGGAAACUUAGAUGUUUUCGCCUAAAUUUGGAAAUGAAUUCAAUUCUCAGUUUUGUGCGCAAAUCAAUCGACAGCGCUAGAAGUAUAGGAAUGGAGUGACAUCACUGCUUUCCAAUGGUGGCACGUUGGCUUUGACAUCACUGAUUAGAUUUUCCCUACUUGUGGAUACAUCCCCAAGAAGGGCAAAUCAAAGGGAUCAUGCUGAUUGGAGGACAGCCCAGCGGUGGGUGUUACGUGAAAAACACUCGUGAAGCAGCGCUGGAACAGAAGAAAGGUGACUAAAUCUCUAUUUUACAUUAAAUACAUAAUGUAUUUUUGCGAUACGAUGUAUUCAAUGUGUGUGGGAGCAUUUAAGGACAUUUACGUUUUCACUAAAGGUUCACGUUAAAGUAUGUUCUGUUAGUGUGCAUUUCUCUAGUGUUCAUCGUCAAACCAUAGACAAAUGUGGCUAGUUGAGAGAAGAAAAACUAUUAAUGUCUACAGUGUUAUGGAAAAACUUCCUAAAUGUAAUCCGUAAAAGCGUUUUAUCUGAAGAGUAUGCCGCUUCUCAUUAUUUUAUUUUGCCGGGGCACUUCUGCUUAAAUGAAAGCAGCUUCAUAUCAGUGUGCUAAGAGAGCAGGACAGUUGAACUGGAUAUUAAAUCUAAGAACUGUACAUUUUUAUUUUACUUAUGCACAGACUUUUUUUUUUUUUUUGUUGCUCCACAUUUGAAACCUAGAAUGUGAUGGCAGAUAAGAACCAUUUGACCCAUCUACUCUGUCCAAUUUUUCUAAAUAAUCUUGUAUCUAGGAUAGCCUUAUGCCUAUCCCACGCAUGCUUAAACUCCUUCAUUGUGUUAACCUCUACCACUUCAGCUGGAAGGCUAUUCCAUGCAUCCAGUACCCUCUCAGUAAAGUAAUACUUCCUGAUAUUAUUUUUAAACCUUUGCCCCUCUAAUUUAAGACUAUGUCCUCUUGUUGUGGUGGUUUUCUUCUUUUAAAUAUAGUCUCCUCCUUUACUGUGUUGAUUCCCUUUUAUGUAAUGAAAUGUUUCUAUCAUAUAUCCCCCCCAUCUUGUCUUUCCUCCAAACUAUACUUGUUAAGUUCCUUUAACCUUUCCUGGUAAGUUUUAUCCUGCAAAACAAAAUGCCAUUUGGCAAGAGUAUGUAAAAUUGUUACACAAGUCAUAGUGACAGACUGUCUUACAUUGUAAGAUGCUGGUUGGCAGAGCAAUAUCCUGCUGUUGAGCUGAAUUAAAUUGAAAGUUAAGAAACCGGUUUGGGUUCUCGGCACAUCUUAUCUCUUGUAACUGAAUAGAAUUUUUAGUUCAGAGACAGGUGUGUGUGUGUGUGUGUGUGACUCAACAUGCAUCGCAGACUAUGCACAAAGUGGACUGGUUCACUGAGUCACUUAAGUGCUGUUUGCAUGGUUCUUCUGCACAGUGCUAAAAUUUCUAAUGAUGCACCUGUGCUGGUUGGGGUUAUUUCCCUGAUGGUCACAGGUAAGGAAUACCAGGGAUUUAAAUCAGAAAAGCAGGGCAGGAACCCAAAAUGAGGAAUGCCCCCACUAUAAAUGGGACUUUUUGGGAACAUAAGACUGUCACGAGAAAUAAUUGAAGUUGACCGUGGACUUGGGGUAUAACCUCUGCACAUCAUGGUCUACCCAUCUCUCCUCCAUCUCAUCCUGUGCAUUCACUUAUGAAGCAAGAGAACAUGCAAUAUUGUUAAACUGUAUGAUAAACAAGGUUGUAAUAAUUAGUUUGCUGCCUGUCAACAUAAUGGUAAUAUCCCCCUUAAUUAUUUGGUUAGUCAUUUUUAACAGUAUGAAAGCAAAAAGUUUAACCUUAACUGCAGGACUUGCCUCAUGAGAUCCAAUUAAGUUAAGUUAUGCUUAUCUCUGAAAGCUUUCAUCCUUCUGAAGACUCACUGUGUGGGGGGUGGGCCCAGGGAUAUCCUGUCACAGGGCCGGACUGGGAAAAAAAUUAGGCCCGGGCAUUUUUCAAAUAGAGCGGCCCCCCAAGAAGGGGGCGGGGCAAUAGGGUGUGUUUUGUCAUCACUAAUGACAAGCACGCCCCCUCUCAAAGUGAGCAUGUUGGUACAAUGCGCAGAGCCCCGCUGAAGAGCUCUAGCAUUAGAAAAAGGCCCUGUAUUUGUUCUGCGCAGCGCAAGCAAAUGUAAUAACAUGCUUGUGCUGUGUUUGCUUUUAAAUUGUUUCUGGUGUCUCCACAAGUGGGAUACCAGAGGACAAAAGGGCCUGGAAAGUGUAUGGUGCAUGUGUUUGGCGCAUGCUUGUGGGAUUGCCUGUGUGUAGUGUGGUGUGGUAUUGUGUAAAUAGGUCAAUUUUGUGGUGUAAUAUGUGUGGCUAGGGGCUGUAGAGAGUGCGUGUAUAGGGGCAUAGUGUUAUAGGGGAUGUAGUGAGUGUGUGCAUACGGGCAGUAGUGUGUGUGUAUAGGUGAUGUAGUGUGUGUCACUUAUACACACACACUACUGUGUGUAGAGAGGGUGUAUUUAGAUAAUGUUGUAUGUGUUUGCUUACAAAGAAUGUAGUGUGUGUGUAGGUGGUGCAGUGUGUGUGUGUAAGAGAUCUGGUGUGUAAAGGACCCAGAGUGUGUAUAGAAGAUUGUGUGUGUGUGUGUGUGUGUGUGUAGAGGAUUAAGAGUGCAUAUAGGGUAAGGGAUCUAGCGUGUAUCUGGAGCGUAAUGUGUGUAGUGGUGCAGUGUGAGAGGUGCUGUAGUGUGUGUCUGUGUGUAUAUAUAUAUAUAUAUAUAUAUAAUAUAUUUGGACGUAUUGUAUGUGUGAGGUGCGCAGCGUGUUUGUGUAAGAGGAGUGCUGUAUGUGAGGGUGUUUUUAUCUGCCGUCACAUUCUGGGUUUCUAAUUUUGUCUGUUAACUCACUGAGGGUUAUUUUAUAUAAUAUAUAUGUGCUGUAUAUGUGUGGGAGUGAGGGUGCUGUGUGUGGCUGGGGGGUCUGGUAGGGAAAUUACUGUAAAUAUAUAUAUAUAUAUAUAUAUAUAUAUAUAUUUUUUAUAUUAAUAAUUAAAAAAAAAAAAGUUAUGCCCCCCCCCCUAACUUUAGCCUGGGGGGGAGCCGUUCUGCCAUGAGGGGGGCAUGCUGUCAUCCUUCCCUGGUGGUCCAGUGGUGAGAGUGAACUCUAACCUGCAGGCUAGAGUUCACUCUCGCGAGAUCUGAGCGUUGCCGUGGUAACCGCGGCAACGCUCAGAAUCCCGCGAGAGGACCGGCGGAGCUGCUGGUCAGAGCUCCGCCGGUCCUCUCUCCUGCCUCUCCCUCCCCAGCCGGCGGCCGCAUGUAACAGUGCCUGUGGGCCGGUGAGUGAGAUCUUUGAUCUCCCCACCAGCCCAUGGAGGCACAUAGCAGGGCCGGCGCUCAGAUAGCGCUGGCCCUGCAGGGGCCGGCCGGGGAGAUCCUGUAAUCUCCCUGCCGGCCUCGGCCCCACGGCCUUCGCGGCCCACCGGGCAUUUGCCCGGUAUGCCCGAUGGCCAGUCCGGGCCUGUCCUGUCACCAUAAACCCUAUAACUCACUGUAAUGGCUAAAGUGCGUGGAGUGUUCUUUUUGCCUAGGAACUAGAUAAUGCAGCUUCAUGCAUCUGUGAAGUUAAGUGUACAGCUCUCGUUGUGCAAUGGUCAUUCAAACCAUGCAAUAAGGGCUUUAGCAGCACUUCCUGCAUGUUGCUGUCGGUAAGGGACUGUACAGACUGGCUACCACACUUUUUUUUUUUUUCUUCUUUUUUUUUUUUGUGGGGUGUUGCCCCCCCAUGACUCAUCUCCAUCCCAACUGCAUAGUUCCCAAUGUUGGGAGGUAUGGAGCUGAACCUACUAGGGAUGUGCAUGGGCAAAGAAUUCGGUUCUGUUAGAAAAUUCAGGUAAAUAAAAAAAAUUGUCUGCUUUGGCAAUUCGGACCAAUGGCGUUAGGUUCGGAACUUGGGUAAUUCGGAUUCUAACCCCUUAUCAGAAAUCCGAAGUAUUCAGACAUUCGUAAGUAUCCACAUGUCUGAAUUGCACAUGUCUACCCCCUCCCUCUCCCUCCUCCCAUUGCAAUAAGCUCAAGCUGCCUGCCAAUCUACUUGGAAGUGUGUGUGUGUGUGUGUGUGUGUGUGUGUAUAUUCCAGUGCACUUGCUUAUUCACUAAACAAUGAUUUCAAAUCUUAGAGAUUGUAAUAGUUUUAUAUAAAAAAUACCUCACCUAGGCAAAAUAAUGGGGGUUUAGUUACAUUUAUAUGAUCAUAUAUUGCAUAAGCCUGCCACAACGUCAAUGUACCCCAUUCUUGGCAGGUCCUACUCUAGCAGCCUAAUGCUUGUGUAGCGUUACCUUCUCCAGGGGCCGGCCGCGGUCCUCUCUUCAAGCCGCGCGCGGUCAUGCUGCUGCACGAGCCGCGCACGGCUCAUCCGACGGCUCCACUAGCAAGGCGGGCAGUGACCGCGAGAAGCGGUCACGUGUCCCGCCUGAAUCUAAGAGCGCGCCGCGAGUCUCGGGCGCGCUCUUAAAGAGACAGUGGGAGCCUAAAUUGUCAAAAGGCUCCCAUUGGCCCCUGUCAUACCACACUCCCCAUACACUUACCUUUUGGGGGUGUGGAUAUGACAGGAGCCAAUCACAUUAGUUUUGAAGCUAUUUAAACUUACCUCUCCCUCUACUCCCUGCCCUAUCGUGGUUUCUGUAUCAGUUCCCUUUAGCGCUUGUUGUGUUCAGUUGUGUUUCUCCGUAUUGACCUUGGCUUUGUUUCUGACUACGUUUUCUCUUUAUCCUUCUGUUCUGGUUGUCGGCUUGUUGUUUACUGUGUACCAGACCCCGGCUUGUCCUAGUUUACGCUGUCUCUCUGUGCCCUUGAUUUCGGAUCGUUCCUGACUCUGUCUCCUCUCAUAUACGUCGAGUCCGGCCAUUCUAAGGUCCGGUAGACGUAUCUCUCCUCUGUGUUGUCUUCUGUUUAGCUGAAUCCUGCGUGUUGGGGUAUAUUCUCGUUACAGCUUGCUCUUAUGAGAUUAAUCCACUUACUUGGACUCUCGGCAAGGCUAAAAAGGUUCCUGGAAUUAGGCACCUGUGACAGGGAGGGGUGCAAAACCAAGGAGUUGGCCUGGACUCCCAAAUAUAUAAAUGAAACCAAGAGGCUGCACUCACCUGAACACUAUUACAAUCUCUAAGAUUUGAAAUCCUUGUUUAGUGAAUAAGCGAGUGCGCUGGAUUUUGUAUUUUGUGUAUUUUGGCCCCAGCAGCACCCUAUAAUUUAUGAAUGUUCAGGUGAGUGCAGCCCUCUUGGUUUCAUUUAUCUCCAUCUCCUUUAAAUAACGUGGUGGAGGGGGGGGGAACUGUUGUACUCGUAAGACAUCACUAAAUACAAAUCAUGUCUUAGAGCAGUAAAAUGUAUGACCACGAUAUUUGGUGAAAGUGCAUUUUUAGUGUGGGUAAAAAAUGCAAAGAACAAAUAUGAAUAGCUUUGGCCAGGACUUGUGGCUAUUUAUAAAAAAAAAAAAAAAACACAAAAAACAAACAAACAAACAAAAAAAACUCUACAUGCCAUGUAUUGAAUACCUUGUCUGAUUUUGGAAAUAGUAUGCCAUGACGGGGGGUCGUCAUUUUUAAAAAGAUUUAUUCCUAGUCUGUCAUCUCCUAGGCAACACAGGGCCAGCACAUCAAUCUGGCAAAUUUCAAAGUGUAAAAACUGAAAUGGGCAAGCUCUUUAUUUGACCCUGUAACUUUCCAAAACACCACCGUCGUAAUCCUGGAACUUCACAGCAUACGUGUGUUUCUAUUGCCAAAACGGCUAACCAUAUUGUCCUAUUCAAAGUUAAACUGCCAUGUAGAAAUUGGAAAAUAAAAUGUCUGUUUCUCAAACUUUUUAACUUUUUUUUUUUUUUUCAUAUUAAAUUGUGCUCCAUAUUUUAAUAGUGAAAUAAAAGUGCGGUUUCUCAUGGACACAUGAUGUAUAGGAAGUGUGGGUGUACUUAAUAUGAAAGACGUAAAUUAUAGUUGAACAGACUUAUAGCUCAAAAUGCACAAUUGCCUCCGUCCUUAAGGAGUUAAGUAGUUUUCACUUUGUGGGGAGUGUUCUGCUCCGUAGAAUACGUUGAACUGUUUGCUUAGUUGUUUUGUACUGGGAGAGGUAAAUGGCUUCAAAAACACAACUAGUAUGUGACAGAUGCCAACACAAGGUUACUUUACCUUGUGAGACCAAUCCGAGACACAUUAUAAUUGCACAACAUUUUUAGUUUCUGGAAAACAUUUUUGGGGAUUCUGAUCCAUGUUCAAUAAUAACCUAACUUAAUGUAAUAUUUCUUCUAGUUAAACUGUUUGUGGGGAGGGAGGGCGUCAAGUUAAAACUGAAAAUUUAAAUAACAAAAAUCCCAAAAAGGUCAGUAAAAUUUACUUUGGCAAACUUAAGUCUUGCAAGGGUUUGACUACCCAUUAAUAUGCUGAGGUCACUAUUGUUUUAACAUUGCAUAAUGGGAGUUGAAUAUAUUUGUAUCAAGUACCCUGUCUGCUUUUUCUCAGAACUUUUAAUGUGUGCUGUUGGUCGAUUACUUUGUAUAGACUGAUCUAAUUCAUGCCUUUUUAUUUUCUGCGUUUAAAAACGUGCGUGAAUUCUCCACUUUAACUUUUUGUAGGUUCUGCUGGAAAGCUGUACAACAUCUAUGUCAAUAUAUUAACAAAGUAUCUAUAAAAUUCAAAAUCUGAUGGGGAGACCUAAUGUGCAUGUGCAAUGAGUGUUAGGCCCUCCCCAUAGGAAAGCAUUGAAUCAGUGUUUUCCUAUAGGGAUUUUACUGAUGCUGGAUGUCCCUUCUGCAGAGCAUGAGGAUGUCCAAAGUCCAGUAAACUCCUGGAAGCGCUUCUCUGGGAGGCUCUUGGUACGGUAAUGUAAACGGUGCAGUUUCUCUGGAACUGCAAUGUUUUUCUUUACAGGACUAAUUGGAAUGGACACUGAACCCAGACCACUGCAAUGAGAUGUGUUCAUAGUGUGACUCUUAAAAUAUAAUUUGCAUGUGAUAUAGUGCUACAUAUAACCAAGGAUUUGACUGAGGGUGUCUUGCGUGAUUACAACAUUCAAACAAAACAAAGGCUGGCAUACAAAUUUCCUGUGAAAUUCUUAACAUGAUCCUCCUGCCUCCAGAUACUAUGCUGAGAUCACUUAUGAGGCUGGCUUGGUGGUUUUGAUGCAUUUUUUUUUUUUUUUUUUGAUGCCAAACGAAAAAGUAGAGGGAGAAAAACUAUCACAGCUGUUAAGGCUUGUAGAAUCUGUCAUUAAGACUAGCAUGAAACAGCACCGGAAAUGAGCUUCUAAACAAGCAAGACGUUCUUUAGUCUUGUGGCUUGGAAUCCAUUAAUGAUUCUGAAGCCUGUUUACUUGGAACUGAUUCAGGAAGCAGAGCAGUCUGUAGGACUGCUGUCAUUUCCUCCAUCUACUGGAAAUUCUGGAAUCCGUUUGAAUAUAUCUCUAUCUUUUGUGUAGAUAUGUUGAAGAUGAAGAUCUUGAUUGUGAGUUUUAUAAUACAAAGCCAUGUGUCACUUUCUAGCAAAAUAAUUUUUCAUCAGUUUGCUAGGGACCUGACUAACAUCGUGUGUGUGUAUAUAUUAAAGUUUAUUUACACUUUUUUUUUUUUUUUUUUUAUUGUGAUGCCAAGUUAUAUUAAAUGGGGAACAUUUUUGGAAAUCACACCAUUUGAAUAAAGCAAAGUGAACAGUUUUCAUGAUGCACUUUUUUCCCUUUGCAUUAAAAGAUUUAUCAAAGUUAAUCACAAUCCAUUUUAGUGCAUAGUCGGAGCAAACAAUGCAAAUAAGAGAAAUGCGAGGGGGAGGGAUGGCAUAAUCGCAGCACAUGAUACACUAGUGAGUUAGACAAUCAAAAGGGAAAAGAAACACAAAAGGAGGCAAACUUAAAAGGGAGUUUAAGAAAAGCGGGUGACUAUAUGCAUUUUUUAUUUUUUUUUGCCAAUUUAUAUAUAGCGCCAACAGAUUCCGUAGCACUUUACAAUAUUAUUAGAGGGGGGAUUGAAUUUUAAAUAGGACAAUUACAUGAAAAAUUAAAAGAACAAUAGGUUGAAAAGGACCCUGCUCAAAUGAGCUUACAGUCUAUAGUAGGUGGGGUGUAAAACACAAUAGGACAGGAAAUCGCAAUCAAAAUAGGUGGGAGUGAAGCAGAGCUGGAGGAGAGAGCAAGAGACAGGUAUGUAAGGUAGAGGUUACUCUGGGAAGCCAUAAGCAUUCCUAAAGAGAUGGGUUUUAAGGCACUUCUUAAACUAUUGAAGACUAGGAGUGUCUGGCGGUAGGCAGGCUAUUCCGUAGGAAGGGAGCCACCCGCAAGAAAUCCUGCAAGCGUGAGUUGACCUUACAGGUGUGAGCAGCGGACAGGAGAAGGUCACGGACAUAAUGGAGAGAAUGAGAAGGGGCAUACCCAUGGAUCUGUGAAGAGAUAUGAGGGGCUAAGAUUAUUCAGUGCUUGAUAGGUAUGGGAUAGCACUUUGAAUUGACUCCUAUAGGAUACAGGAAGCCAAUGUAAGGACUGGCAGAGGGGUGAGGUGUAAGGACCGACUAGAGCGGAAAAUCAGUCUGGCGGCAGCAUUCAUUACAGACUGUAGCGGGGCAAUACAGUUUUUGUGAAGACCAAUUAGGAGAAGGUUACAAUAAUCCAUUGCGGGAUAUUACUAGCGCAUGGCCAAGCUCCUCGAUAGCAGCUUGCAUCCGCCUUUUUCUACGCAAGGUGCUAUGUUUUUAAGAUGAAAUCUACAGGAUUUGGCAGCAUACUGUAUGUGAGGUUCAAAGGUCAGGCCAGAAUAAAGUAUGACACAAAGAGCACGCUUGCAAGGAUGGACUGAUGAGGAUACCAUUAAUUUGAAGGGAGAGUGAAUAAGGAUCAGUAUCAGUAGAGGAGAAAGACAGAGGUAAGUUUUUAGAGAUUUUGUUUCAGAAAGCCAGAGUAAAUCCAGUCAGAGAUAGAAGAAAGGCAAGCAGUGACACGUUGCAGGAUGGCAGGGGAGAGAUCUGGGUGUCAUCAGUGUACAGGUGGUAGUGGAAUCCAAAUGAGGUAAUUUGCUCACUGGGGUCUCCUUGAACAGCCCUGCCCUCCUUCCUAACUGUACCUAUUUGAACCAUUUCUCCUGCACCACCUCUGAAACACUUCCACCCCCCACGGACUUCAGAUUCCAUAGAAUACAAACCCCUUGCCGAAACAGAAUCCCAAACCCGUCCCACAACAGGACAGUGUCCUCCUGGUUUCCAUAGCUGCUUAGCCAUGGCAACAUCAUGGUGACCUUCACCGGCGAUCCCCCCAGUGGCAAGGGCACCCCUGGCAUCCCUCCCGUGGAGGACUUACCAGUCUUGGAGCAGUGGAUGUACCCAUGCGUGCCUCCACCCUGGAACGCUCACGUUUACCGGAUUGACCCACCUGCCCAGGAGCCCACCUGCCCACUUCCCAACUUGGGUCCACCUCCCUGGGUUCUCUCCCUUAACCCAUGCUAGGUGAUCUGGACACCGACCUGCGAGGCGGCCUAUUCGAACACCCUCCUGCGACCAGCUAGGAGAAGCCUGUCGAUGCACACCGGGCCUUGGGGACACAUCGUUGCCUGCAACUGCAGUGUUGUCCCCCGAUCCGGUCCUGGCAGCACUCCCAGUGUAGUCCUGGCCAGCCGCAGCGUCCACAGUCAAGGAAACUGCCUGGUAACAGACUCGCUCACUGUUUUAUCUGAACCAGAGGCACCUUCAGCUGACCUGCGUUCGCGGGCCGAACUUUCGGCAGUUUCCGCAACAAUUCGGGAGAACAUGUGUACCUGUUCGCAGCCUGAAGUGUUCAGCAGGUUCCCAUUCAUGGCCUGUACGUUCUGCAAUUUCCACUCGUUCGGUAAAUUCGCUGGUUACCUGUUUGCGGCCCGAAUGACCAACCGUGAGUGACUGCACCAAUUCACGCCCAAACGUCCUUGCACAGCCAUGUUGGCGGGAACCCAUCCUGGCCGUGCGGCUGCAUAUAUAUAUAUAUAUAUAUAUAUUCAACUGCUAGGUUUAUAGAAAAAAGGGUUAAUCCUAGCUGGGUCUGGGUGCCUAUAGUGGUCCUUUAAGGCAACACUCUAAACCCCUUAACGUCAGAGCAUCCCCUCUUAGACACUUUUUUUUAACUACCGUAUAUACUCGAGUAGAAGUCGACCCGAAUACAAGUCGAGACCCCUAAUUUUACCCCCCAAAUCUGGGAAAACUUAUUGACUUGAGUAUAAGACUAGGGUGGGAAAUGCAGCAGCUACUGGUAAAUUUCUAAAUAAUAUAUAUAAUAUAUAUAAUAUAAAAAAUAUAAUUUUUUUUUUUUUAUCUAAUUUUAUUUAGAAAUUUACCAGUAGCUGCUGCAUUUCCCACCCUAGUCUUAUACUCAAGUCAAUAAGUUUUCCCAGUUUUGGGGGGUAAAAUUAGGGGUCUCGACUUAUAUUCGGGUCGACUUCUACUCGAGUAUAUACGGUAGUUUAAAAAAAGUGUCUAAGAGGGGAUGCUCUGACGUUAAGGGGUUUAGAGUGUUGCCUUAAAGGACCACUAUAGGCACCCAGACCCAGCUAGGAUUAACCCUUUUUUCUAUAAACCUAGCAGUUUCAGAGAAACUGCUAUGUUUAUAAUAGGGUUAAUCCUGCCUCUAGUGGCUGUCUCAUUGGCGGCCGCUUCUCACUGUGAUUUUCACAGUGAGAAGAUGCCAGUGUCCAUAGGAAAGCAUUGUGAAUGCUUUCCGAUGGACUGGCUGAAUGCACGCGCGGCUCAUGCCGCGCAUGCUCAUUCAGCCGAGGAGGAGAGCUCCCCGCCCGGCGCUGAAAAAAGAGGUAAGUUUAACCCCUUCCACCCGCUAGAGCCCCGCGGGAGGGGGGUCCUGAGGGUGGGUAUGUUUUCCUGGCACUAUAGUGGUCCUGUAAGAGAUAGCAUGUGUGCAUCUGCACUAGAACCAGUAUUUGACUAGACCAGUGGUGGCUAACCUUGACACCAUAAAUUGUUUCUGGACUACAUUUCCCAUGAUGGUCAGCUAGUUUUUAGACUCUAGUCUUUUUAGUCCAGAAACCAUUUAUGGUGUCAAGGUUAGUGAUCACUGGAAUAUAUCCUACAUUGUGUGGUAUAUAGACUUUUCGUUGCACUCAAAUGAUUACACUUGCUGAAUUUUCCAGGUGUGGAAAUAAUGUAUGCUUAUUUUAAUGGUAAUAAGAGAUCUAUAUACAACAGAUUCUUAAAGCAUGCAACCCAGCAAUUUAGAUUACUGAGAAUGUUUUUUUUUUUUUUUUUUUUUUCAGGACCCUUUGGGACCCAUUGAUUUGAAUUCUUCAAUAUCUUCACAGCAUUCCGAAGAAAUUGGGGUGAGUACCAAUGAGCUGGUUUCCAAUUUGUGGACAGAUUCUGAUUCUACUCAUGGAUUUGACUUGGGAUUGUAAACUUAGUCUAAUUCAAGCCAGAAAUAUAAAAUGAAAAAAAGAUGCCCAUGCAACAGAUAAUUUAAACUAGAUCCUUCUAUGGAUGCACCAAACAGAAAAAUCUGGGGCGAAAUUGCAAAAGUGUGCGCUGUUAAAGAUCCUCAGCGCUGACCCGGCCCCCUGAAAAUCCAUACCCAUCGGGUGGCCCUAACAGCAUGGGCCACCCGAUGGACCCCUUGAACGGCGGAACCGGUAGCUUGCCGCGGCCACAGAACAUGCCGGCGGGCACCCGAUCACAGAGGUCUGCAGGGCGUCCAGCCCCCUUAGAGUGAUGGGCUUGGUCGCACCUGCGACCCCUAUAUGUACGCCACUGAAAACACACGUUACAUCCUCCACAAUAACACCCAAAACAUCCCCUACACACAUACACUCCACUUCCUGUGAGCAAACUCAUGGGUGGGCUUUGUAGGCAUAAGGCUUAUGGACGGGCCUUGUAGGCAUACUCACAGUCAGGCCCUGGGGGUCCAGACCGUGAUCUGUGUAAGGGGCCCAAAAAAAUGGAGCGGUUUCCUGUUCAUUGAUAUUUGUAAGCACUGGCUCUACUGGUCUGGUGUUAAAAUAGACUCGCUGGAGGCAGACUGCAGCCUGAGCCCAUCAUCCUCUUGUCCUCAUAUGGUGGUAAGUAGGCAAUCCAGCAUAUUAUUAGUGGCACUAAUCUCUAAUUUACCUCACAUUAAAGGGCAACUAUAGUCACCAGAACACUACAACUUAAUGUAGUGGUUCUGGUGUCUAUAGCCUGUCCCUCAGGCUUUUGAUGUAAGCACACUGCCUUUUCAGAGAAAAGACACUGUGUGCAUCACUGGCGUUGGUUCAUAUGGGUGAGGCAUUGUGAUAUCACAUGGUGGGCAGAGCAUAUUGGGGGGGCGGCAAAUUUGUUUGCCUAGGGUGGCAAAAAUCCUUGCACCGGCCCUGGGUACAGAGGAAAAAACAAAUUUCUCUGCUCUUAAGGAAAAACUGAAAAUUGUUUAGCAAAUUAUCUAAACAUGCAAAAGGCCAUAUUUAUCAUUGAGGAACUAGAACAUUUCUGGGCAAAAUACUAUAUAUGAAGGAACCUGGAGAAGAAUUUGGUUGGUUGUUCGGUUUUCGUAUUUGCUUUACAUUAAGCAGCAAGCACUGCUAAAGCCAUUGUUUAUGCAUUUUUAUCGCUGUCCCUUAUACAAGUAGCUUGUUAGGAUAGAAUAGAGAACAUUUGAAAAAGAACUGUCCCUUCCCAGGAUUUUAAUCUGUUUACACCUGUAAAAUAUAUAUAUAUAUAAUUUUAUUUAUUUUUUUUGAGGUGUGAAUAAAAGUAAAUGCAAUAAAAAAACAAACACCCCUUUUCUGCAAAUGGGCCCUGUCAAUUUAUUGUUAGAUCUGUCCUUUUCCACCUAGAGGUCCGCAUAGAGAAGGCAUACAGUGAAAAUAAAUGAUACCAUGUUUCUAUUUCUCCUCUUCAUUUGCAAUGUUUUUCUUGGCUGUACCUUGUCUAAACUGGAAUAUAUAUAUUAAACUAAAAUAAACAAGGUCUUUUAUUGAAGAAAAAAGAUUUUAUUUUUUAUUCAGUGGUGUAAAUUUCGUUUAAAAUGUUCAGAAACUGGUACUUUGAAAACAUUUUGCAAUUGAACUAUUGGGGGUUCUCAUUAAAACAGAUCUCAUAACCUCUCAAGCUUUUCAGUUACCCUCAGGUCACAUAACUCCAACUACACCAUAGUAAAGGUAAUUUAAGUUAUACUGUAAUCCCCUUUUUAUGUCAUUUUAUUUGUGUUGCAGGGACUUGAAGACAGCAUCAACAGUACUUCGAGUUUCAUGUCAUAUCUCCUUACUAUACACUUAAGAGAAGGCCGGAACCUUGUCAUUAGGGAUCGUUCAGGUAAUAACUAAAGGUGUCUGCCAUCAAAAUCAUUUCCUCUCUUGGCUGUUUCUAAAUUCCUAUGGUUUGUGCUUGGUAACAUAUUUUCAGUAUUUUGAAUUGGGGAUCGACAUAUUAUUGGUCUGGCCGAUAUUCUGUAUUUUCAGCAAUAUUGGUAUUGGCCGAUAAAGAUACAGAUAUUGCUGAUAAUGCAGACCAGGGACCUGGCGGGCCCACAGCACAUUCUUACUUCCCUUCUAAGCAGCUCCCUUAAGCUCCCAUAUCAAACUGUUGCUGGGCCCCCCAGGACCACUUUGCACGCACUGCACAAACACACGGCAUCCACUAUGCACGCACUCUGCAUCCACUACACACAUAUAUUCUUAAAAACAUAAAUUCUGACUGGCAUGUAUAUUGUGCAUUUACCUUAAUAAAAAAAGAGACUUGCAAAAUAAAUAAUAAACGUGUACAGUUAACAGUAGUUUUGUGUAGAAAUAGUUUGUUUUUCUUCAAAAAUGUAAAUGUAUGGAAUAUUGGUAAGCUAUCGGCCUGAAAGUUCAGAUUAUCAGUAUAUGCUAUAAAAAAAAAAAAAUUAUCGGUCGAUCCCUUUUCUUGAUUACCCCAUCCUACACUUCGCUAAGAAUCUUUUCACAUUCAAUUCAAACUAAAGUCCUCUUUCAGUUAAUCACUCUAGACAGCCAAGUGACCAUCAUACUAAGGCCUGUCACUUCUGUUGGAGAAUCAAACCAUAAAAUGCUGCAUGUAUUUCCUGAAUCUCGCUUUAUGUACUUGAGGUUCCUGGAAAAAUCUGUCACUAGUGCCUGGCUAAAAGGAAUGUCCACAUCUCUAUUGGUUAUCCUCAUUGGUUAUCCUCCACUGUUAAACAUCAGGAGCCAAGCCCUCGUUUUUGCCAAAUUGAGGUCACAUGUUAAAGCAGUUCUGAAUAGAACAGGAAAAACAAUUGAUUGUAUUUGCAAAGUUUUUUUUUUUUUUUCUUUUUUUUUGACUAGGUUUCCAGUAUGAUUAUUUUGGGGCUAAGAAUUGACCACUGGUUUUGAAACUCUGUGUCGCUCCUUGUAUCUUUGUAUUGCAAAGAAACUGUUGGAUUUUGUCUUAGAAUUCUGUCAAUCACACUGAGCGCUGCUAAUGCAGCCUUGCUAUGUAUGCAUGUAGUGUUAGCAAUACAAAUCUGUAUUCUAAUGCUAAUAUUUGUCAUUGCGAUGAAGUGGGCAUGGAAACAAAGUUUUAAGAUGUUUGAAGAUGGAAUGCAUAUAAAGUUCUAAAAUGGUUUAUCUUUAGUGUUCAUCAGUACUGUCUAAAACAGAUUAUUAAUGUUUUUGCAGUGCAGUAUCCCCUAUAUAAAAAGCUCUUCUAAUAUGUAGUGAUGACCCUAUAUAGUCCUCAGAAGGAGCGCACUUGGACUAGUUCAUAAAUACACAUUUAGAUGAAUGGACUACAUAGCAGACAGGCAAGAGAACAAAAAUAUAAGCAGAAUGAGUAUCCCAAAUGUAGUCCAGAAGGAUGAAUAGCAAGACCUGCACUAUAUGGUUACAUUGUUUAACCGGUAAAAGCAUUUCUAUGAUUAAAUACAUGUUUUGCAUGUAUGUAACUUAAACCUGCAUGUAUAACCAUGAACAGUUUAUUAUGAUUAAAUUAGAUUUUUAUUAGACGUCAUUAUAAUCCACAUGAUUGAAAGAUGGCAUUCUAUUAUAAACCCUAAUAUAGAAUUCACUGUUGUGUAACUUUUACAGUGUAUUGUUUUAUUUUAGUGUAAUGGUUCCUUUAACUGCACCAGGAGAUACAUGGCUUUGUCUGCUCUAGAUUAGCGAGUUAUGCCAUCAAGGAAAUGUAAAUCCUAAUUGUCUCAGAGAUGUGGAUAUGUAUGCCCUGCUCCUGCUCUAAUAUUUCGGACUCCAACCUGUACACUGACCAUCAAAAAUAUGCAUUAUGGAAAAUAUGGCCAUGGAGAAGGGAAUUGCUGCACUGGAUAAGUCCACCCUCGGUAGAGGGACAAAAUUUUGCCUCCCUGAAUGUACCACCUGUCUAGUACAUGCAGUGGCCUGGCCUGCCAGAUUGAAAGAAGGUUGGAGUGGAAGGGGGUGCAUGGGGAGACACACAAAUUGGAGUGUGAUACGUUAGGGGAGAAAAGAUAUGGGUAGAGAGGUAUAAAUUGUGGAAAAAUUGAUAGGUAGAUCGGAGAAGAGGAAUAUGCGUUGAAGGCAAAUCUGUUUUAAUGUAUUUGGAAUGUGUAUUGUGUAGGACUGUCUGUAGGUGGUUGGGUUUUGGUGGGAUUUUUUUUUAAAGAUAUUUUAACCUAUCUUAAUAAUGUUUUUAAGCAGCCCUGCUGUAUAAUUUGAAAUUUCUUAUGUUUCUUUUGCUAGUAAUGGCUUUUUAUUCACCUUUUAAUUUACUGUAGUCUGUUUGUUUUUGUCAUAUGUGGAUAACCGAUUACAAGCCUCUUAAAAAGUUCUAUACAAACACAAGUAUUGUGCAGAAAGACCAGGAUGAUGGUGUUUUCCUAAUUAUGUAAUUGUGAAAUUAAUCAGUUUGCAUACUUCAUAUCUCUACAUGAACUGGAAACAAGGUAGUUUUAGACAUUGGCACUCCUAUCUCUCAAACUGUUGAUCAACUCUGGUACCACGUACAAGCAUUAUGGGAUGUAUAGCUAUUUGGAGAGCUAUUAUUUGCCUGCCUUGAUACUACUAAAGGGUCACUCCAGCGAGAGGCAGAAGGGGAGGGGGCUAAAGAACAGGGCGUCAUUGACCAGGGCGCAACACAAGUUCUUCAUGAAGCCAAUGUCAAGACUGUGCAAACUGUCAGGUUAUGCUCUCUGUCCAUGAAUGGUGAUUGGAUCAGCUCCCACUUUCUGCAGUUCUGCAGAAGCUGUCUGUGUGCCACCAGAGAUGAAGCAUUUUAGGAGCCCAGCAGAAAUUACAGGUAAGAGGGCAAACCUCUAAAUGGGCCAGGUGUUUUUUUUUGUUUUUUUUUAAUGUGUCAAGCAAGUCAUUCUAUAUUCACAAACUGGUUUCUUGUCUUUUAAAUCUAAGGACUACUAUCUACAUUUAGUAGUCUUCUAGUCCAAUCAUAAAUAUGCAUGGUAGAGUAAAAGCUCAAUCAUUGUCAAACUUGUUGAUGGCUUCUUGAGCCUCUCUCCCCCCUCUCUCCCCCUCUCCCCCUCUCCCCCCUCUCUCCCCCCUCUCUUCCCCCUCUCUCCCGUUGGUGCACAAUUAACUUAGUCUGCCUUCCAAAUGUCGUUUGAAAAACGUGUCAGGUACCUUGCCCUAGUAUUGUAGAUUUUGAGGCAUUUUUAGAAGAGGCAACCUAGAAUGGCAUUUUAUUCCACUUAGGAAAUGUAAGUAUGUGUCUUUGUCUUGAUAGCCAGAGGAGUUGCUUCUCAGGGUAUUUAUGAGCUCUCCAUAGACAUGCACUUGUGAUAUUUAUUUAUUAUGCUGACUCAUUCAGUAAACCUGCAUUCCACUAUUCUAAAAUUGCAUCAGGAAUUUUUUGGAAUCUUUAAGGGACUGUAGCCGAAUGUUUGUUUAAAAAAAAAAAAAAAAAAGUCUCUUUAAAACAAAGUGCACAUUCAAUAGAAAUUGAGGAAAAAAUAUAUAAUGAAUUAUAUUUUGAAAAUUAAAUUGACACUUUAUUUUUUAUAAAUUGAGCUUGGAAAUUCAUAGUUGCCAACAUUUUAAAAAACAUUUUGGGGACACUUUGCAGCACAGCUAUCAAUUACUACCAUACCUUGAAAAUGUACCACACCCACUGCUGCAAAACUCUGCCCACUAAGUCCAACCCACAUAAUUAAGCUCCGCCUAUCAGUGCAGAUUACAGGGUCUACUCCAUAAAGAGAGAAUUACAGGGAAUUGAGUUGGCCUUGAGUUAACGCCAAACUAGCACAGUUGGAAACAUUUUUCCCAAUAAGCUGCAUUCAUUUGCCCUAAAGUUUGAGAUUCCCAUCUCAAUCCCUUCAAUUCUCUCUUUACUGAUACAGUAUACAGUAAGCACGCAAGCUCACUGAUACACAGGCUCAAAAACAGACAAGUUCACUGACCCUAAACACAAACUCACUGACAGACAAAACUGACUCGCACACAAGCUUACUUAAGACAAACUAAUUUUGUAUAGACAUGCAAAGCUCACUACAGACAAGCAUACGGCAGUGAGGGGUGCUGUGUUUGUGAGGGGUGCUGUGCCAUGAUGGUAAAGUUGUGGUGAGUGGUUUCCUCUGGCUGCAGGCUGUCUAAACUCCUCCUGCGUUCAGAAUGCUGUAUCGGAGCAUUGCCAUGGUAACACGCGGCAUCGCUCCUCCAGCCCUCCGUGUCACUAACACACACAUUACAAACAAGCUCACUGACCCACACAAGCUCACUACAGAUACGCUCACUGACACACACACCUGAGUAUAUCAAGCAUACUUUGCAAUGACUGGAGGCUGUUGCUGGGAGGUCAGCUAUUUAACAGUCUGCUGCUUAAUGGUGGGGGCGGAGCUUGGUGGCAAUAGGUGGGGGCUUACAUGCAUGGGUGGAGCUAGUGUUGUGCGAGGUGGAACCUAAGCCUGUGUGCCGGGGAAGCUGCUGGGAAUUCUUAAAGGAUCACUAUAGUGUCAGGAAAACAAAUUGGUAUAGGCCCCCCUCCUGUGGUGCUGAAAGGGUUAAAACCCCUUCAGUUAAUCACCUUAUUCCACUGCCGGGCUCCCUUACCUCUCCUCCCCCACUGACGUCAGAGGAGCGGAAUGCGCAUGCGUGGCAGUGCCGCGUGUGCAUUCAAAGUGUAGAUAGGAAAGCAUUUCUCAAUUUCUUGCAAGUUGCUGCCAUGUGCCAUCCCUGGUGGUCCAGUGGAGAGUGAACUCUAGUCUGAAAUCUGAGCGUUGCCGCUGGCUAGAGCUCCUCGGGUACUCUCCUGCCUCCCUCCAUGCUGCUGUGGGCCAGUGAGGGAGAUCUUUGAUCUCCCCACCGGCCCAUGGGGGCUUAGAGCAGAGAUCUCCCCUGCUGGUUUCAAUCCAUAGGCGUGCCGCGGGGAUUAAAGUGUCCCCAUGCGCACGCCUAUGCCCCUCACAUACAAAUUCACAAGCAGUCCCACACAUAGACCCCGAACACACAAUGUGAAAUCCUCACACACAAUUCCACAAGCAACCACCAUACACAACCCACAUUCAUAGGUAUCCUACAUGAUACCACAAACUACCAAUGAACAUAUACAAUAUAAUGGCUCAUAUACGCACAAAUACAAUGAUACAAAGCAACUGCAGUAUGAAUAACACAAGCAGAAUAUGGCAACUUACACACCUCAAUAAAUAAAAAAUAAAAAAUAGGACCGGCACACUACGGGACAUCACAAUUCUAUUCCAGCCCAGUGCUGUUAAAAGUCUGCCCACUCCUGGACUAGAAUAUAAGGUAUUAUUAUGGCUAUCAAUCACAUCUUCUCCUUACUCAGCUAACUUUGCAAUAGACCUGGCCAGAUCAACAUAGGGACUGUUUAAGUAGUAUCUCUAGGUACAUACUUUUAAAUAAGCCUACAUGUUUUUAGUCUUUUGGCUCUGGAUGGUGGCUAGGGUGUUUUGUUUUUUUUUUCUUUAGCCUCAACAUGUGAAUAAGAGGGAACAUACAGAGGUCACAUCGAAUGGGUGUAGGUUUGCUUGUCACAUGCAUGCCAUCUUUAGGGCCUAAAUCCCACCAUCCCUCCUAGAUACCAAGCUCUGUAGAUGAGAUACAUUGUUCUUGCUCUAAACUACAGAUUACAUUUCCGUUGAAAAAAGAAUUGGCAAAUUACAUAUAAAUUUCUCUGAACAUUCAUGUCCCUGGCCACACUCCUAAAAUUAGUAUCCCUUUUUGGUCCAUUUAAAAUGUUAGGGGGUAUACCUAUGUAUAAUUCACAACCACUCUCGUGACAAUGGCAAUAUAAACUCCUUUUGCCCAUCAACUUUUUUUAAUCUCCAGGCCCACAAAGACCUCAGUUGUGCACUGGGCUAGUUUAUCGAUUUCUGUAUGUGCUAUUAAAAACCAUUCUAUGCCUGUACAAUACUAUCCAAACAAUACAUACAGUAUUUAGAUUUGACAAAGGUGUUUGUGUGUGACUUUUUUUGUUUUUUCUUUAGUAUGUCUCACCACCAUAUAAAUGUGACAAAACUGCUUCUCCUCCUGUAUUUCUGGAGGAGAACAGGUUUGGUCUCUUUACUGCCAAUAAUAAAAAAAAAAUAUAUAUUGGUUACAAUGGAUAAGCUGUAGAAUAUCGACUGUAUAUACAUAGAGGCUGGGUUCUCUAAGCUCUGAGGAUUGUGGGAAAGCAUGCAGUAGUGCUUGGAAUAGUUUCUAAAGCUACUUAAAAAAAUAAAUUGCUGUUCCUUGAGUCAGGCUGAUCUUCAUGUACACAAUAUUCUUAGAGGUUUAUAGAAAUUAAUUAUAUAAAUGCAGUCCAUCUGAUGUAAAUAUGGAUAAGGCACUUCACAUUAUUAAGAGGAAUGUUAAUGGGACUAUAGCUUCAAGGCAAGACUUCAGUGAAAACAGUCUGAUAAACCUGCUGUAGCCAUACUCCUAGGUUAAACUGUGUUUGCUAGGUCAUGCAUGACAUUUUCAGAGACCUACACCUUUUAAAAAAACAAAACAAAAAAAACGACUUCAUUAAAGUAUUAGUCCAAUCAUGGACAACUUCAGUGAUCUGAAGUGGUCAUGGUCCCCUGGAGUCUGUAUCUGCAGCAUUUCAGUAUAAAAUGCUGCACAUACAGAGUUUAGUCUCUGUGCUGUCACAGGUUGUCACAAGUUCCAGGAUUGCUAAUGUUAGUUCUGUGCAAAUUUCACUGUACAUGAUGUCAUUCAUUGGCUGCAAGCGAUCAACAGAUACUGGUGACUGCGUUGGCUAUUACUACCUUGCAGAAGCCAGAUGUGCGUCACCAAACUAGCCUUGGAGCCUAGUGGGGAUCCAGGGAAGAGGGCAUACCACUUCUAAACGGUGGUAGCAGUUAUGAUGCUUGACGUAACUUUUUUUAAAGUGCAAAGCAAAAGGUUGGUUUCCUUAGCCUGCCCGGCAUUAGUGCAUCAUUACACACUUGUUCUGUGCUAAGCUAACUAGGACUAUGCGGAGAGCACUUGAGACAUUCUCCUCAUGGUGUACCCCAACUAGUGUUGGGUUAGAAACAGUCGUUAAUUUGUUGAACAAAAACUGUGAGUAGGCUUGCCAUAUUUCUUUUUUGGGUGUCACAAGUGACAAACACGUCAAUGUCACACCCCCAGGACCUGCUCACCUGUCUCUAAAUCUCCUGAAUCACAAGGAGGAAAACAAAGAAUAGAUUUUCCUUCUUUAUGAGCUUCAACAUUUUAAAAGGGACACUCUGGGCACCAUAACAUUCGAAUGAAGUCGUUCUGUUGCCAAGGGGUCCCUUGCAAUGGCUUACAUAAAGUGGGUAAACCAUUCAUGAACGUCUUGAAUCCAGCACCGUUUAACUCUGCCAUUGUCCUUGCUCUUGUUUUCUUGAAACCGGAAUCAGAUGACCAUCAAACGAUCAGUAGCUCCCUGUUCAUAUAAAUGGCUUGAGAAACAAUAUGUAGGUUUCUCAGGCUGAUUUUAUGGAUGGGGAACAAAAGAUUAGCUUAGAGCAGGCUUCCCCCAAACUCCAGUCCUCCAGAUGUUGCUGAACUACAACUCCCAUGAUUCUAUGAAUGAAAUAGGCUGAAAAUCAUGGGAGUUGUAGUUCAGCAACAUCUGGAGGGCCAGAGUUUGGGAAACCCUGGCUUAGAGCAUCAGUGGUGCUUCUGUCAGAAGCUGUCCAAUGUUUCUUGUUUCAAAAACAUAGAAUGUGGCAGCAGAUAUGAACCUUUCGGCCCAUCUAGUCUGCCCAAUUUUCCAAAUACUCUCAUUAGUCCCUGGCCUUAUCUUAUAGCUAGAAUAGCCUUAUGCCUACCCCAUGCAUGCUUAAACUCCUUUACUGUGUUAGCCUUCCAGAUAAAGUGGUAGAGGUUAUUCCAUGCAUCCACUACCCUCUAGUAAAGUAAUACUUCCUGAUAUUAUUUUUAAACCUUUGCCCCUCUAAUUUAAGACAAUGCCCUCUUGUUGUGGUAGUUUUUCUUCUUUUAAAUAUAGUCUUCUCCUUUACUGUGUUGAUUCCCUUUAUGUAUUUAAAUGUUUCUAUCAUAUCCCCCCUGUCUCGUCUUUACUCCAAGCUAUACAUGUUAAGAUCCUUUAACAUUUCCUUGUAAGUUUUAGCCUGUAAUCCAUGAAUUCGUUUUGUAGCCCUUCUUUAAACAAUCUCCAAAUUAUCAAUCUCCUUCUGAAGAUACGGUCUCCAGUACUGUGUACACUACUCCAAGUGAGGUGUCACCAGUGUUCUGUACAGUGGCUUGAGCACUUCCCUCUUUCUACUGCUAAUACCUCUCCAUAUACAACCAAGCAUUCUGCUAGCAUUCCCUGCUGCUCUACAGGUGGAAGGGCAGAGUUGAACAAUGCUGGGGUUAAAUUAUGUAACCACUAAAUGUAAUCCAGUGUCUGCAUGGCACCACAACCACUUCAUAUGACGCUGUUAAGGUUUCCAGGCUGUUCUGUUAAAAAGCUGAUUGUGCAAAUGUCAUUGUGCAACAAAAUUGAGACUUUUGUAUUGUUUGGAGUGUACAUGCUACAUCCCAUUUGCUGCUUUAUAUUUUGUCAAUUGCAUAAUUUUAUGUAAUCACUACUGAUUAUACAUGCAGCAGAAUAUAGUGGCACCUACGCAGUCGUCAUUGAUUACAAAAAACACCAAUGGCAAGGACUGUGCAAAAGAUGAGUUUCUAGAAUAAAUGGCAUGGGCAGUGAUUGUAAUGUAGUGUGCCGUGUGAUUUUAUUUAUUUUUGUUCUGUGCAUGUGUGGAGUUAAUUUACACACUUAAAUUGUCUGUCCACUUUUUGCUACAAAUAGAAGCUAUUUCGAUCAGUGUCCUGAUAUGAAAACUUUAAAGUGUUUAUCUAUGCCCCAACUUUUAAUUUUUAAUUUCCGCCCAAGCCACCCCCUGAUGGAAUUUUUUUAUUUUUUUAUUAAAGAAACACUAUAGGGUCAGGAACACAAAUGUGUAUUCCUGACCCUAUGGUGUUAAAACCACCAUCUGGGCCCCCAUACCUCCCUAAAUAUAAUAAAGUCUUAUUUGUAUUCAUGUCUGCAGCUGCUGCCUCUGCCCCUGACCUGCCUGCAUGCUUGACAUUAUCAGAAGGGCUUCUGUGAGCCAGUCACAAUGCUUUUCCAUAGGAUUGGCUGAGAAUGUCAAGGAGGCAGAUCAGGGGCAGAGCCAGCACAAGUCAAACACAGCCCUGGUCAAUCACCAUAUCCUGAGAGAUCCAUUUGAAUCCAUGUAUAUCUGAGGAAAGUUAAGUGUCUGCAUGCAGAGGGAAGAGACACUGAAUGGCAGUGCUGCUCACUUGGCGGCAGCAGCACUGCCCAAGGAAGCACCUCUAGCAACCUUCUGAGGAGUGGCCAGUGACAUUCUCCCUAGGCUGUAAUGUAAACUCUGCAUUUUCUUUGAAAAUAUAGUAAUUACUGCAAAAUGCCUGAAGGGACUGAUUAUACUCACCCGAACAAAUACUAUAAGCUGUAGUUGCUCUGGUGACUAUAUAGUGUCCCUUUAAAUAUUUAGGUCCUUUCCAUGGGCCUGUGUAAAUUCAGAACAAAUUUGCCAUUCUGAUUACAAAUUAAAUCGUAUUAUGUAACAUUUUAUCCAUCAUUGCAACAGUUAGGUCUCUCUGUACUUGCAUAUGCAGAUAACUUCAUUUGAUGGCAUGUGAUUUGUAAUCAGCUGGAAGAUCUUUAUGCUUUAAAAAAAGGUCCUCUUCACUGCCUCAUUUUUAAAUGUUCAAAUACUAUAUUAUCUUUGUAGUGCUUUAUGAACCAUGUGUUAUUGGGAGGGGGAAGCCAUCUAGAAAUUCUAUAGAAUUCCAAAAAGCUGCUCCACAUUUUGUUGUAUAACUUGUUUCCAGAAAAUGUCAUUAUUUUCUCAUAAUUUUUGUAUGGCAAGUAUGUUCUGCUUCUCUACAUCUUCUUCUGCAAUUCUUGUCUGGUAGAAGUAGUCUCUUCUGUAAGAACACUACCUGUUUAUGGUGCAGUGAGGCAUACAAUUUAUUUCUAUAUUGGUACACUUUAUUUUAAUUUUUUUUAUUAUAAUUUUGAGAUUUUAUAAGCAGUACAUGUAUGGUGGUAACAACAACCCAAAACAGAACACGCCUCCCCGCUCCAAAUCGUUAAAGGAUCAAAACAAUUAGAUUGUUUUUAAAGUUGGGGGAAAAAAAUAUCUGCUCAUGAAAUGCACCCUAACUUGGUCUUCAUUUAGUUGUAUUUAUCUCCUUGCUGGAUAAUACCUGUCAGCAUUGUGUACUUAAACCAAACAAAGUGACUGCAUACACAAUGAUUAUAAUUUACCUUUUCAGUAUAUAAUCAGAUGGGUCCUUUUUUCAAUUUGAAAUCAUAAAUAGACCCUGUGUAAUAAAGAUAUAAAAUGUACCAUAGUAUAACUACCAUAGUGAGGUAGUAAGCUAAUAUGGAACACUCACAAUUUAGAGCCAUUUUAAAGAUUGGCUCUGAACUAUAGAUGCAUUUCAUCCAUAAAAGAGAGAGCUGGAACACGAAAGUAUCCUGAAGAGUCAGGAAUUAAAAAGAAACCAUAAAAGGUCAAUAUUGUUAAAACGGUGAAGAAAUAAAAAGCACAAUGUGUUUAUUCGAGAAUAAAGGUCCUCCUCAGGUGUGUUAGUUGUCCUGACACAUCUUGUAUCCAUAUAUGGUCCGAACCAAAUGUAAACUACUAAGAUGGUAAUGCUUCUGACAUUCACACAUUCUCCACAGCCAUAUCGAACAUUGCCGUGCACCUGUCCUAUGACUCAAUUAGACUCCAUAGCCAGUCGCAAUAUAUUUUUAAAUAGAACAGCGGGCUCCCUUCCUGUAAGACACGUCCGCCCAAUAGAAGCCUUCAUCCAGUUUCCCAGGUGGCAGUGCACAUGUCUCUGCAUCCCUUUUGUUGCAAUCUUCAAAAAUGGUGGCACGUGCCUUCACACUUUCUGUUCUUGUUCUAAGAAUUUUUUUUUUUUAAAGGGUAAUCUUGACACAUGCAAUUCUUAAAGGAAUUGCAGUUUUAAAAUCCUCCCCCAAAAAAAAACCCCCUUAAAAUUACCAUACCUUAAAUCAUACAGCAUUCACUAGACCAAUUUUGAAGUCACGUGAUAAAAGAGAAUGCUAGGAAACGUAUGUCUCUUAUCCAAUUCCAGGAAUAUUCUACGUGGAUCCUUUUGAGCCUUUACAUACUUUAAAGUUGAUUUCUAAAAUGUUCUCACCCUGAAAGAAACUUGCUUGUACGUGUGGCCUUUGCUGGCAACCGAAUGCUGUUUUCUGUAAAACAUGCAUCAAAUCACAGGAUUACGUGUGUGUGUGUAUAUAUACUCCUAAUGGGGAAAACCAAAUGUCACUUUUUCCUAAGGAUUUGUUUAAUCCGUUAUGCUUGGGUGAAAAGGCUCCAUCUUGUGGAAAUAUGAGACAUUGCAGAAUACUCUCAAAGCAUGGGCCUAAUGCACAGUGUAAUGUAUGAGAACAUGGCAUUUUUAUAUCUUGGUAACCCUCUCACACUCAUCAUGAAUAAGGGAUGUAUGGCAUAUUUAUUGUAUAAGCCAUCAGAUUCAUGGAAAGGGGAUCACUCGCCUCACUGCUGAACAAAAACCUGCCAUAAGGAUACGUGAGUUCGCGGAAAGCUCCCAAUACUAUAUAUGUAUUCGAACUCCGAAUCAGCUGGCAUAUAGAAUGGGAAAAUGGUGUAAUGCUCAUAAAUUAUUUUAAAAAACUGGCAUGAUCAAAAAUUCCUAUGUCGAAGUGAAAAAGGAAGACUGAUAAAGACUAAAGGGUGAUGGAUACAACUAUAUCCUAACAGGAAAGAGGUGGGGCAAGAGGAAAAAGGGUUGAGAAUGUCUUUGUACAUAAAGUUUGAGGGAAAGGAGGAGAGAGUUAAAGACAAAUCUUGGCUAGAGGGGGCGAGAGAGAGAGCGAAAAGCUUUUGAUCUAUUUGACAAGAGAAAUACAGGAAGGGCUAACAUCAACAGAAAGGAGGGAAAGAAAGAAGAGACUACAAGAAGAGAGAUCCAUCCUUGUGUACUCUGAAAACUUUUAUUUUAUUUUCUCCUCUCGUCUUCACUACUUGCUGAUUCCAUCCUAAUUUUUUAUUCUGACAACUAAGACAACUCAAGAAAAUAAAACUGCCAAAAAGAAAAUCUGAAAAUAAAAACUGGAGAAACGCUUGUUUUUUUUUUUUUUUCUCCCCAGUCCAUGAAAACAGGAGAUCAAGGCAACCCCUUAGACACCAUGAAGAGUGUGAAUCAAGAGAGUGUACAAAAGGUGGAAAUAGUAUCUGAAGCACAGCAAGUGACUGUAGACCUACUAAACAGCGCUUCGGAAACCCAAUUUGAAAGGAUCAGAAACGAUCAACAUAAGUAAAUUUUAGAAAUUCCGAAAAAUCUAAACUAGGGAAUAUGACUCGAUAAAGUCCCAAAAGCAAAUUGAGCAAAUAAAAAUAACAGUUGGAACAAACAUGAAGCAUUAGAUGCGUUAAGUCAUAAUAACUUGAAAGUAAGGCAUAUUCUGGAAGAAUUCACUACGGGAAAAACUAGAAUUUGUAAACCAUUUCUUUGCCAGCUUGAAUGUAAAAAACAAGAAAUAUGGUCUUUGUCACAUCCUGCUCUGCAGGAUUUUUUUUUUUUUUUUACAAUUCUUGUUUAGUUUCUUGGUUUUUCUGGUUUUCUAUUCCAUGUCUGGUUUUCUUUAUGCUGGGUUCAUUCCUUUUAUUCCUUUCCUGGAAUUCCCAGUCUCUUGGAUUCCUUUAAAUGUUUGUUUUUUAUGUUGCCACACCCGUUCCUUUUCCAUGAAUCCUUUUAAGUUGGUUCCUGCAGGCAGUUGUUUCAAGUCCUCUGCCCUUUCUUGCAGGUAAGUUCUGUGGUGGGCUGCAUACAUCUUGGCCAUUUAUGUAUGUCUAAAUCGCCAAUGUUUUACAAAAAGAGUACUUUUGAAUUUUGAAAUUGGUUAUUUUGAUCACUUCUCAGAAUUGACUUCAAUUUACGGGAUGAGAAAAUAGAUACAAAAGCGUCAAGUUUUAUGUCAUGAAAAAUAGAUUUUACGCUAAAAAUAUCCACAUAGCACAAGAGUAAUAGGAAAGGGGGAAACAUUAAGUAACCCAACGUUAAGGGUCAUCUAAAGUAAGACACCUCUUGUGGUGAUAAAAUAAUUAGAAUAAUUGUUUUAUUCAUUAAUUUAUUUACUAUUAAGAGGUUGGGAGGCGUAAAGUUUCGUGAACGAUAUGAAAACUAUGAUGCUUCUGCGGUUAAAGCUGCUACCUGAAGAAGCUGACAUAGAAUCAUAUUACAUUGGUGCCCCUAUACAGAACAGGACACUAACGGUAGAAGUCUAUAAAGACAAAGGAAAAGAAAAGUGUGCCUUCUAAUGCGUGUUUUUUGUUUGUUUUUGUUUUUUGUUUUUUGUUUUUCUCAGAAUUGACUUCAAUUUAUGGGAGUGAGAAAAGGAAAUCGACACAAGCGUUUGUCAUGAAAAUUAGAUUUUAAGACAAAUUUCACUAAUCACAAGAGUAACCUGAAGGGAGAAAAAAUAAGUAACACAACUAAAGGGUCACUUAAAGUAAAAACCUCACCACACCUCAGAAAUGACUCCAAUUUAUGGGAGUAAGAAAAAGAAAGACACAAGCGUUAAUGAAGUCACAAAAUAGCUUUUAAGUCAAAAAUAACUUUCACAAAGCACAAGAGUAGCAAGAAAGGGGGAAAAAAUAAGUACACAAAGUAAAGGGUCACGUAAAGUAAGACCCUUUUUAUGAUAAAACAAAUGCAAUGAUUUUUUGUGCUUUAUUUAUUAAAUUAUAUAUUUACCGUUAAAAGGUUGGGAGGUGUAAAUCUUCCUGAACAAAGAAAACGAUGAGCCUUCUACGGUUAAAGUUGGUGGUCUCCUUUCCAUCUCUUCCCUAAAAAAAAAAAAAAAACAAACAACGAAAAUUAAUCCCUCCAAGGGACCUCUUUACCUAGGGUACCAUGAUCCGAUAUUCGGAAUUGAAUUUUUUAAUUCUCUUACCAGUGCUUAUGGGAAAGCUCAGGAAAGGGCUGUUGGCACUUUUUAAGUAUCCGUUAACAGAUUAUCUCUGUGAUCAGUUUCAUUACCUAUGAAUGUUUGUUUUUCUGUAUUUUAAAUUUCUCUUGAUGUUGGACUAAGCGGAGGUAUGGGCUGGACUCAAGACAAUGGUUAAGUUUGCAACUCUGUGCAGGGAUUAAAUUCCCCACACCAAAGAUCUAGUCUCCAAUUACUUAAAAAAAAAAAAAAAAAAACUGAAUAUACAUUUGUGCUAUACAAGAGACUCACUGGAGGAGUCUAGUCAAGUUUAAUUUUUUUUAUUUUAUUUUUUUAAACAACUCUAGAGACUUCCACUUCAUCCUCAUUGCCAGAUAAAUGCAACCUCACAUUUUCUUCUAUCUCCUCGCAGGAGAUAUUUAUUAGUGAUUUGUACGAUAGACAAUAUCCCUUAUACACUGGUUAACACAUAUUCACCAAAUGACACGCCAAUGACCUUUGUACUUAGGUUUUGGGAAAGACUAAGAUAAAACAGGGAAAUAUUAUAUAGAUGGGAGAUUUCAAUUGUGUAAUGGACCUAAAAAUCGAUAAUCAGACACUGUUGAGAAGACAGAUGGAUGGGAAUGUGCACAGGCAAGCAUUGAAAUUUAGUCCCUUUGCCCAGGGGAACUAAUUAGGACACCUGGUGUAUAUUCCAUACAAACGAGCGGAACUAGACUUCGAGAAUAAACUAUAUUCUUACAGGCCUCAAUAUCAUCAAAAGAGUCAAGAAAACUGAUAAAUGUGAGAUAACCUGGUCAGACCAUAAUAUAGUCAUUAUGGAACUGAAGGAUAACUUUAUUAAAAAUCGACCAGAAUGAAAAGGAGUUCUUACUGGAAUCUUCACAAAAUAGGGAAUCUAUAAAAAAACAAAAAAAAAACACCAUAACCCUCUACUUCCAAGAAAAUACCUCUAAUCUAUCCCAAGCUACGGUUUGGGCAGCCUUCAAGUGUGAUCCCAAGCCUUUUUUUUUAAAUCAAAUUAGCUUCCCCGAAACAGAGAAAAAAAACUCUAUAUUAACAUCUCAGACCAGAUUGACAAAAAAAAAAGUAAAUGAAAGAUCAAUGAAACCUCUGAACAAUUGGAAAAAAUGAAAUCUUUCCAGGAUUAGAAGAGUAAUAAAGCAGACAAGUUAACUAAUUGAAAAAUAUGCAAAAAACAAAAGCUAUAUCUAAGGUAAUGAAACUUACCUUUCCCCUGGUAAAAAAGCUAAGGUUUUUGAGAAAUAUUAUUGUAGUUUAUAUAUAACCUCAAAUCCAAAGAUCUUCCACAAAACAUAGAGGAUUAUUUCAAAGGGAAAGAAUUUAAAAAGUUAACUUCUUUACAAAUCGAAAAACUCAAUGAACCUUUCUCCAAGGAAGAAAUAAUAGAGAUAAUUAAACACACAGGUAUUAUGGCACAGACUCAAAUCAGUAAUACCCAAGUUAAUCCAUAUAGAUCAGGUAGGUUUUAUAUCUGAGCGAUCAUCAUCAAGCCAUAUAAGAACACUGUGGGGAUAUUUAUGGGAUGAUAAUAUUAAACAGUCGAGGAUUGCCCACUAUUUCAAUUCUCUUAUAUCUUAGAGAUCGUUAUCAUGUAAGUGAAAUGUAUUCUAUACAAUUAAAAUCACAAUUUGUUAUAAAAAUAGAUUUAAUUUAUUGUAACAAUUAAUUAACAAUAUUAGGCAGCAUGCAUGAUAAUUAUCAGUGAAUAUUUAGUAUAACAUAAGUAUGCAGUACAAUGGAAUGGCUCUACACGUACCAAUGGCUAACAGCAUCAUCUGUCACUUAAGAUUUGAGGGUAAUUCAUGGACAACAGUAAAGCUUCACACAGCGAAAAGCCAUAAAACCUUGGCUAACAGUUAAAUCAACUGAGUAACCCUUUCAAUGCUGGCUAGAUCCUCCUAGGCAUAUAAUAUCCUAUUCUCAUGUAGUUUUCAAUUAAAAUAACAUUCGAAUCAGCUCAUUAAUCAUUUCCUGGAACCAUCAAAUAAGAAUAAUCUACCAGAUUUUUACAAAAGCCGAAUUUUAAUUUGCCUAAAAAGAUAUCUUAUCUUAUCUUAUUUUAGAGCAAAUCAAUACACCUGGAUAAAAACAGCGGUAUGUUAACAUGUGAUACUAUCACAUUAAUAUAUAAUUUUUCUUAAAUCCACCUGCAGAAUGGAAUGUUUAUAACUAUAUAUUCUUUGGUUAACUAAGAUUUCUAAAUAUUGAAACCUGACCAUGAUUUAUCCAGUCAUAUAUCAUGCUAUUAGUAAAUUUUAAUUAAUCUAAAUUAAAUAAAACCAGCAUAAUUACCAGUUAUGUAGAUAUUCUCAUCAGAUGAGUAGGUAGUCCCAGAAACUUGAUUGGUUGUAUGGAGGUGCGUGAGUGAUCGAGAAAAGUGGUGUUGGUUAGAAAGUCAGAAUAAAAUUCUAAGUGUCAAGGAGUUGUGUCCAAGAGAGUUUAAGAGUAGAGUGUUAGUCCCAGAGAGUGUUUCUUGAGUCUCUCUCUCUCUCUCUCUCUCUGCAUGUCCGAAUCUGAUUGCCCAAACUCCAACAACUCAUCUCUCUACCAACUAACCUCUCUCUUCCCUUUGUCCUAACUUUUAAAGGGCCAGACUCUCUGUACGUCAUUAGUUGAUAAGCCAAUAGGAAACUGUAGAUGGGUUCAAUCGAUGGAUCGCAAUUUAGGUAUUUGAUCCAUAGAGGGCAGUCUUGCCUAACUAAACCUUCCUAUCCAGGAAAGAGUUAACUUUUCCUGAUGACGAUUUUGACGUCAUUUGGCUUAUCUAAAAUGACUACCAUAACUUAGAUUUGCUGUCAGUUCAAAGCGUUUGUCUCAGUCUUUGUGGCAACUAGUUUGAUCGUAAUUUGUAUAAUUGACCGUUCUAAACUCCAUUUCACCCCUUGCUUACAAUGGGACCUUCUAAAAGUUAGAAAGUCUUCUCUGUCAGUAGUGUCUGUGUUUAUAUAAUGCAUUCCUUAACUCAGGCUCAGUGGUUAGUGAAAUCAAGGAAAUUAUGUGUCUUUGUUAUCCUGAAGAUAACAAAAUGGAGUCCACUCUGUUCUGAGUGACUCUGGCAAUAUACACUUUUAAUUUCUUUCUUAGCACAAAAUGUCUGCCGAUAUAAAUAUUCUGAGAACACUGUAUAACCUUUUUGAGACUGUUAAGCGAAAAAGGGUCCCAAUGCUGGCCCUGUCUCUAGAUACUGAUGGAGCCUUUGACAAUACCCUCAAUGCCUUUUGGUUUUACAGGUUGGAUCCAUCAAGCCAUUAUGGCUCUUUACUCUAAUCCUAAGAGGAAAGCAAUAGGGCAGGGAAUAUGUUCUAAUACAUAUACGCCAACGGGGAAUACACCCCAACCAAGGGGGGACUCAGUGCUGGUAUAUUGAAAGAGGGGGAAAAAGAUUAAAAAUUACAGCUAUUAAUAGCUAGCUUGGUGUAGCUGGUACCACCGUACUGACUUCUGUUCCUAACCCAUUAAUUGGGACUAGGUUACAUAGCGUUAUUUCUACUUCUGAUUUAAAAAUCUUCUAAUACAUUUAAAUAACCAGUACUAGACUAGGUUGCCCACUCUUCCCUCUUUUAUACUUCAUGACUAUUGAAGUACUUGCCCUUGAGAUAAGGAAUAACAAAGGCUUCAAGGACAACGUGGAGAUUAAAAAAAAAAAAAAAAGCAGCUCUACGCAGAUGACUUAAGUUUUAGAGGAUCCAAUAAACUCUAUGAAUUAAUGGAAGUGAUAAAAUGUUAGUUGAUUUUCGAACUAUAAACGUAAAUACUUAAAAAAAAAACAAAAAAAAAACUGCUCUUUCGUUUUUAACACCAGAUAAAAACAAGGAUCAUGGAAAAUUUUGACUUCCUUUGGGUAAAGGAACUAUCCACAAACUCGCAAAAUUGGGUGACGAUUAAUCUGCUCCUCCUGAUAAAAGAAAUGAAUACUAAAUUACACACUUGGGGAGAAAAAGAUAUCGUGGUGGGGGCAACAUUAAUACUGUAAAAGCUUGUUAUCCCUAAAUUAACAUACAUACAUCUUAAGCGUAAUACUAUGUAGUAUUCCCUUAAGCUGGAUCAAUCUUUUACAGUCCUCUUUCUCCACAUUUACAUGGUCCAAUAAAAGACCAAGAAUUUUGCUCCAAAAUGUUAUAAAAAAAAUUGGAGACAGAGGGCUGGGAAUUCCAUCUCUUAUUGGACUGACUCUGGCUACCCUCGUACCCUCCAGGAUUCAUCCCGGGAGGAAAGUUGGUAUAAACUUGAAGCCAAGAAAAUUAAUUCUUUCAGUUUUUACCCUCAAUUUUUUGGGGGGCAUCAUAUCAUACAAUUGGUGAAAGCCCAUCUUUAAAUCUUAUAUUGUAAAACUGGUUUUGAAAUUAAAAGCAGGCUAGAUUUAGGAGGCAAAAUGUUCUCUUCUCUUAAAAUAGAAUUUUUAAAUGACACUUUGAUAUUAAUCUAUGUCCAUGGUUAGAUAAAGGUAUUAAAACUGUUAGGGAUCUAACCGAAUCAGAAAAAAAUAGAACUCUCUCAGAACUAAAACAAACUUAAGGUUUUGUAAACAAAGAUUUUUUUUCGAUUAUAUAAAGGUUAGAUAAUUUUUAAUGAAAAAUCUAAUUUUCCCGAAAACAGAAAAAAAAUAACUUUGCACUUAAUCAUUAAUUCUAAGAACAUUAAAAACCUAAUUUCAAAAUCCAAUAAUUUUAUUAAAUAAAAUAGAAAAUCAUUCCUACCCUUCUGCAUUAUUGAAAUGGAAUAGAGAUCUGGGCAUACAAAUCUCCUAUAAAGAUUGGUGUAAAUCAAUCCAAACACUAAAUACAAAUCUUCAUUGUUUAAAUCUAAAUGAGCUACACUAUAAGAUCUUAAAUAGAUGGCAUCUUGUCCCUAAAAGGAGUACGAAAAAAUUCCCUACUGAUAAUUGUUGGAGAUGUGGAGAAAAUGGGGCAGAUUUUAUUCAUAUCUGGCAGGAUUGUUCGAUUAUUAAAGAUUAAUGGCAGAAUGUUGGUGCAAAAUAAAUAAAAAAAUUUAAAUCCAAAAUACCCCAACAACCAGAUUUGAUGCUUCUACAUAUAAAAAUACCUAAAAUUAAAAAAGAAAAAAACGUGAUUAUAUUACUACAUAUGUUGACUGCAACAAAAUUAAUUAUAGCAAAGAAUUUGGAAAAACCCUUUUAAACCCGAUUUGGUGUCUAAGACAUCAAAUACAUUUUCAACUUCUUAUGGAGAAAUAUAUUCCAACACCUGGUAAUAAAAACUCAGAUAUACUGGAUUUUGAGAUCACUUAAUAAAAAGAUUGAAUUCUUUAUAAAAAUUACUAUUGUUGAGUCAGGGCAAGUCUUGAAAAUUGCAGGUUAGCCACCACGCCUCUCCUUUUCUCUCUUUGUGUUUAGUCCCUCAGUCAAGAGAGCAUACGAUUUCACUUGUCUUUUGUAAAAUAUCUGUGCAAUGUAUGUUAUUUUUGCAUACUAGGUAAUUAAUGGAUAUAAAGAAAACAACAAAUUAAUCAAAUACAAUAAUGGUAGAACAGUAUUGUUUAAGAACGAAAUAAGGUUUUAUUGUAUUCGUAUGCAAAAAAAGUCUUUCACUGUUUUUUGUAUUUGUAACAAAUUCUGGAAAAAAAAUAAACUAAAAAAAGUUAUCUGAUUGAAAAUGAAGACUUUUUUUUUUUUUUUAUGCAGGCUAUGUCAGUCAGAGCCAAAGGGUUUUUUAUUAGGGCUGCGUAAAUGGCAUAGCAUUUAGCAAUGAGACUUCAAAGGCCUGCUCUAAUCAGCCAAUGUUGUUUUGGUUGUAGUGUCAUUUUAAGGUUGUUGGGACAGCAUGGACUGUUCUGAAAUUCUGCUCACACAAGGAAGCCCAGGUAUCUAUAGAUAUCUGGGACUGUUUUUACUGAUGCUGUAUGCAGCAAUUUGCGUUUAAAUUUCCAUAGACUGCAUAGUAGUGUGAGGAGAGGUAAAUCCUGCUAACACGAGAGAUUCCCUUCAGCUGGGGACAUUUUUAGUGGGCGUACAGCCCUUAAAAUGUAUUAACCUCUUAAGGACACAACUUCUGGAAUAAAAGGGAAUUGUGACGGAAUAUUUCCGUCAUGUGUCCUUAAAAUGUAUUAAGAGCUGCCUUACCAGAUGCCCAGCACCGAUCAUUGUAGCCUGCUAGGAAAGCAUUCUUCAUUCACUAUUACAGGAAUAUGUUUUUGCAGCAACAUACUACUAUCUAGUAUUUUAAUUGGGAAACCGAUCUGCUGCUGUCAGUAUGGAUAUGACUUGAUUUGGGUUAUUGCUGUUUUAGGGUUAGUGUAGUUAUGGUUAUUGUUGGUUUAAGCAUAGGGUAGGGGUUAUGGUUGGUAUUGCUUUAGAGGGAAUUUGGUGUAGGGUUAAUGUUGACUACCAAAAAUAUAUUUAAAUUCUCAACCUAUAAGGCUUUAAUAAUUGCGACUGAUAUAUGGGAAUUAUUAUUGGAGUUAUUUUUAUGUAUUUGCACUGGAUGUGAAAAAAAUACUAUUGGUAAAAAAUGUGAAAAACAAAAUGCUUACACCCCCUGUUAUCCCCCUAACUUUUAACAUUGUCUUUACAUUAAUGUUGGGUAUACAUAUAGCAUGUUAAAAGAGCUCUUUCUUUAAAAAAUUAUGUAUAUGGGCACAAAAUGUACUUUAUUUUUUCAGAACUUUGAAAAUUACCUCCAUCCUAAAGGAGUUGAAAGCUCGGACCUUUGCAAUUUGAUAUUUUAUUUAAAAAGUCUUAAUACAUAUUUAAUGUAAAAAAAUGACAUGCUUCUUGUAAUGCUUUUAAUGUUUAUGUUGCUGUUAACAAACCAGGAAAAGGCUCCACCGAUCUCUUCAUUUUUUUUUUUAUUUUUUUUUUUCCAGCAUUUCGAUACAUUAUUGCAUAGAUCAACUCCAAAUGAGUGUGGUGGGGUUUUUUUGUUUUUUUUAACACUCAUCAGAUGUAAUGAGUGUAACAGAUCACUGCAGGUGUAAGCCACUCUGGGGAAGCAUGGACCAAAGACCUCAAUACACCAUAAUCUAUGCAAUAAACAUAAGUUAUGUUGCCUAGAGGGUAAAAAAAAUCAAACCUCUUACAGAGACUCCUAAAUCUGUAUGACUUUCAUAGUGAUAUAUGAAUCUUAAUAUUUUAAUGUAAAAUCCAAUAAACUAAUGAAAAUGUUGGUUUCUGUGCUACUGAACAGUUGACGUGUUCACAGAUCAAAAACUGCUAUCAACAUUAAUUUGGCCUUAUCCACCCAUCUGCUUCAGUUCUCUCUCAAAAGUAGGUUCAGCAGGGGGUAAUGAAGUGGUGAAGAAUUGAGACAUUGAUUUCAUUCUGGAACUAAAUGAAUUGGGCUUAUCUCUGCAUGAAGACUUUGAUGUUCAGCAUUGUUUGCUCCCUAAUUGUAAUCCAUUACUACUCUGUAAGAGUACAAAGUUAAGCUCCGUAUUUUCACACUGUUUGCUGCAAGGCAUAUUCCUAACCCUUUUUAUGACCUGUACAACUAGCGACUUCAAGGAACUUUCAUUCUACAGAUACAAUUCUCAAUGCUUCUAAUCUAUACAACUUUUGUUUGUAUCUGAUAUAACGGAUUCUGACAAGCCUUAAACUAUUGCAAAAAGAAAAAAUCUGUUAUUUUGCUAUUUUGUAAAUACUGUUCAAAUUGGAAAUGUGUUUUUAUUGCACGUUUAAUUUAAAGGGACACUCUAAACACCUGAACAACUUGAGCCUUAGUGUAUCAGUUUGGGUGUAUAAAUCUUGCCCCUGCAGUUUCACUGUGCAUUGUCUGCCCUUUCGGAGUUAAAUCACUUUUGUUUCUGCUUGUGCAAGCCUUUGCCACAGUCAGUCUGCACGAAAGAGAGGGAAAAAAACAUAUAUUUUAAUUUUCAAUCCUAACUUGCAGCGCAGUGGUUCUGAUGCUUUGAGUGUUAGCUAAAGUUAAGACUUGCUUCAAUUGUUUUCAGCCAAUUAUUUGAAACCUCAAUAUCUGGAACAAAACCCCCAAAUAACAGUGAUAAUGCAGACUGGCAUUCACUCCAUGUUUUAAUGCUUUAUAAAGAAAGUGCAUUGCUUAUUCAAAAAGUUCAAAAAAAUACUUUAUAUAUUUUUUAUUAUUAUUAUUAUUAUUUUUUUUUUUUAAAGUUCCAGAACAAAGAUUAUGAUGACCAAACAGCAAUUUUAUUAGUCCCUCCUCAAGCAGAUAGUAAAGGAAUUAAUAUACCACAAUCCACAAUACUUUGUUUUAAAAUGUUUUCUAUUAACCCCUUAAGGACCAAACUUCUGGAAUAAAAGGGAAUCAUGACAUGUCACACAUGUCAUGUGUCCUUAAGGGGUUAGUACAUUUUGCUCAAUCAAAAUAUACCUUCAGGCUUAUGCAGGUGUAAUAAGAUUUCAUCUACACUACAGUAUAUUAAACACGUUUUUCGGGUCUCUGUGGUUUUUUAUAUUUAUUUAUAUAUAUAUUUCAAUUUUUAUUUAUUUUUUAUUUUUUAUGCAGUUGCAAAUGUCUGGUGAUUUACAUUCCAUGUUUUAGAUAGUUACACAAUUGUUGGUGCCAAAUGUGGGAAUUGUCUUAGAUUUAAUAUAUAUAUAUAUAUCUAUCCCGUAUAGCUGUAAGAUUAAUAUUUGAUUGUAUGGUUUUCUUCAAGUUGUCUUGAUGGCCUGGUGACAUGCUGUCUUUUGUAUAAUUGCUGAGUAGGCUUUGCGUCCUUCCACUGCUGACUAUUUUCAUCUACUCUAGUAAAGAUGUUACAGUGCCUGACAGUGAGACAAUAUGAUGAAAUGGAAGAGCUCUGUGUGUUCUCCCUCAAUUAUUUCUCCAACAAUUAACACUGUGCUAACCUGACACUUUUUCUCGUUCUUGCUUUGUAAAUCAUUGCCUCUUAUUCCAUUAAUUCCAGGCAUUAAUAUUUUCUUUCACGCAAACAACCGCCAUUCACCCGUCAAACAGUGUGAACAUUAUGUAGCUGUCAAAAUGCCUAGGGAUUACCCAGCAUGCACUGCCUGUGAGAAAGUGACACCAUAGAGGUCUGCAUUUUGAGAUGUUUAUUUUGAGAGUAAGCUGACAGGCAUGAAGUUCUGAUCCCAGAGUGGCAAUCUCAUUUAAUUAAAGGCCUCUUUUUAUUAGAGAUUUUCCCACUGUUUUUGUAUCUGAACAAUUGUUAGUCUGGCUGUCUGGAUAAAAGAUAUUGUGUGUGGAUGUAGUUGAGGAUAUCUAAUCUGUGCAACUUGUCAAACCUGCUUGUAAUACAGUGUUAUGUUGCGCCUAUGUGUCAAUAAAAUCUAAUUUAGUAUCCAAUGCUUUAGAAAUAAUAAUGUAUGUUCAAUUGUAUUUCUGGUCAUAUGUGUAUCAUAUGUUUGUAUGGAUUUACGUAUCUGCACUUAGAUGUUUGGGAUGUGUAAAAAGUCUCCAUUUCCCUUUUUGUUCUCGGUAAAACUGUUUAGCUAUCUGUAGGAAAUACAGAUCUCUAUAUGGAGAAACAAAAGUUUAAUACUCUUUGAACUUGGGGAAUACAUAUUAAGAGCUGUGGUGUGCUUAUGAUUUUUUUUUUUUUUUGGUUUCCUCUAUUUACUCACAAUUGUUUUCCUCUAUAUUUGUUUAUACUUGACCUCUAAUUAUCUAAAUACAAUAUACAUUCUAAAUGUUCCUAUUUUUGUUACCGUUUUUACAGGAACUAGCGAUCCGUAUGUGAAAUUCAAACUUCACAAGAAAACCUUGUAUAAAAGCAAAGUUAUUUACAAGAAUUUGAAUCCAGUGUGGGAUGAAACCUUUGUGUUGCCUAUCCAAAGUCUUGAUCAAAAGCUGCAUGUAAAGGUGGUUAUAAUUUUUUUUUAAUUUUUUUUUAACACUCAAUGUAAAGGAAGAAUUUGAGAAAAUGUUUUAAAUCUUUUGUGGAGGUCAUUUGCUAUAAUGUAGAUUUGGUUUUAUGAUCACUAGCAAACUUUUUAAAGUUGCAUCCUAAAUCAUCUACAAGCACUCAAAAUGUGUCUAAAAGCAAUCCUAGCUAUCUGUGUGUAGUUACCUUGUAUGGCUUCUGGGUGGUGGGGAAAGUUUUUGGCUUAUUUAGUGGGCCAUACAGUGUCAUUAGCAGGGAACAGACACGUGAGGGGUUACUGAUGUCACCCUUUCUGAUGGCAAAAUGAUAAAUUAAUUCAUGGUGAAGAUCACCUCCAUUUAUCUAGAUAGUGCUUUAAACAUACAAAGAAAAGUAGACACAAUUAUAAGUGCCAAUCACCUGGCUUUCAAGCUAAUCUCUGCUCAGAGAAGAAAGCACAAGAGAGCACAACAAAUAAUCAUGUCCAACCACCAGAAAGCUUAAAUCCAGCUGCUGCCCAAGUUGAUAGUAGGCUACAGGCAUCUCUAUUGGUGGAGCUAUGCUAGGCUAGCAAGUUCAGAGUAUUGCUGUAUUUCAGUCAGUGUUAUCAAAAUUUACUUUGGCUUCUAAUUGAAACUACCUUACGCUAUAACGUAUGUAACUCAUGCAAGGAGCAGAAUUAAGGGAGCAUUCCUUUUUUUUUUUUUUUUUGACCCCACUAUAGCUGCUAGACUAGAUUAAAUGUAUUUAUUGUAUUUUUUUUUUAAAUUAAAGCUCAACUUUAUAAAUGUAAAAUCUGUCAAUGUAAAAAAUCACAUAAUCAGGUUAACCAAACGGUGGGAAAAAGUCAUGUGUUUUUGUUUAUUUUUCAGGUAUAUGAUAGAGAUUUGACAACUGAUGAUUUUAUGGGAUCUGCCUACAUAGAUAUGAAAGACCUUGAACUGAACAAGUACGUUCUUCAUCUGUGUCGUAUUACUGAUUCUUGUCCUUUCCAAAGUCACACAUUGUUUCUUUUAAACGUCUUUGUCACAGCAAUGUCAUAUUCUAUGGGUUAACUUAAUCUAGAAAUGUUUUUCCAUAGCUGUGUCUUUGACAUGACUAAACAUUGUGUGGGUAUCAUGAUUACCAUGCACAUCAUGUUCACAAGCUACAUUUUGUCAAAUUAAUGUUAUUUUUUCCACUGAAGCAUGGGGAUCUUUGAUGUUUCAGUUUAAAUGGUGUGUGAACUCCUUUAAUUCCUACUGACUUUGCUGCAUUCCGUGCUCUUUGAAAUAAACAUAUUUUAUUGUUUGUUCUUCUUUUGGUAGGGCUGAAGAAAAAAUAUUGAAGCUUGAAGACCCCAAUUCCUUGGAACAAGAUAUGGGAGUUAUUGUGGCAGAUGUUCGUUUGGCAAUCCGAAUGAGAGACCCUAAAAUGAAUGUAAGUUUUGUCAAUUUUGUAUUUUAGAUCUUUUCUGAAACAAAUACUUUGAACUUAAGGCAGGCUGAGCGUUAUGGGAAUAUGUUCCACUAAUUGUUCCAGUUCUAAAGAUGAUCAUCACUGAGCAAGGGUGAAGAACGUUUUGGUUUAACAUUGUAUUGUUCACCCCAAACUGUUUCAAACUUUGUAAACCUGUCAGCCCUUGAUACUAUGGUCAAUGGUGGCCGUAAUAGUCUCUACAUGACAAACCAAGAUCUAUCUUAAGAGUUUUUGACCAGAAGUAGUCCACAAGGUAUCAUCUUUUGCAAACAGCACAAAGCAAUUCUAUAUAAAUGAAAUGAUGCGGUCAUUGUCCCUGUUGCCAGCAUUACUUGCUCUGGUAAAAUAAUUGUGUUCCAGUGAAGUGUUGUCUUAUAUUCCUUAGUUGCCAGAAUUCUCCUUUCUAGAGUGUUAUGCACCCAUCCCAAUGUUAUCCAUGACUAUGAGGAUUUCACUUGGUAAAACUGAUCACAAAAUACUUUGCUUCCCCUGCAUAGUAACAGUUUCAACCACUAUGCAAAAAUAUUAUUUAGGAUUAUAAAUAAAAGCAAAACUACCUUUUGUGAGCAUACCUUGAUAAGGUACACAAUUGUUGCUUGGCACCAAUACUCCAGAUGUAAAUGCUGGAACAAAAAUGUUGGCAUUAGUCUCCCAUUAGCAAAUACCUGUGAUAUAUGCAAAUGUUUCUCUCACACUAAAGCCAACCAGGACAAAUAAAAUGCGUGUGUGUGUGUGUGUGUGUGUGUGUGUGUGUAAAAAAAAAAAAAAAAAUAACAUUUGUAUCUUGUAAUACAUUUUUUAGUGGACUAACAGAAUUUUUUAAUGACAAGCUUUUGGGAGAACCUCCCUUUCUCAAGUCUAAAGCAUUUCUGAGCAAGACGACACAUAGGAUUUAAAGAUGAGUUGUGGUACAGAGGUUAAAGCAUCAGGAGUGCAGAUAAGACACAGGUUUAAUGUGAAAAUAGACACCCUUCUUGCGUAAAUAUCUUGCGUGAAGAUCAGAGUAAGGGGGUAGAGAGAGGGGGAAAAAAACAAGCAAACUGUGCAGAAGAUGGUUCUCUAAAUGUACUCUCCCAAUGUAUGAGACUGGCUACAAACCAAAGACUAUUACCAAACAAAUCAACUCUGCUUUAAAAACCCCACUCACUCGCCUGCUACAGUAUAGAGAGAACUUGUGGUCGCCUACAACCCAGCUCUUGAGGAAAUACGGAAACUCAUUAAAGACCUUUAGCCAAUGUUAGCAGAAGAUGAGCCUCUAAAAAAUUUUUUUCUCUGAAACUCCCAUUUUGGCCUUCAGACAACCACCAAACCACCAACAAAAAUUAAUCAACCGGAAGCUGCCCACUGAUGGGAAGAAUAAAGAAAACUAAACCAGUCAAUGCAAAAAAACUUACAGCAUUAACAUCCAGCAAUGUGGUAUACAUGAUUCAAUGCACCAAAUACCAGCUAGGAUGCUACUUCGGGGACACCAUCCAGCAAUUAAAUAGCAGAAUGAAUAUGCACAGACACUCCAUUAAACACCACAAAGAAAGAUCGUACUGCACUCCUGUGGGACACUUUACCCAGCCUGGCCACUCAAAGAAGGAUCUAAAAAUCUAAGUACUGAAAGGGGGUUUUCAAAAUACACAAGAGAGAACAUUUUGAAGCCAGAAUGAUCCAAUUGUUUAACAGCUAGAAUAGAGGGCUAAAUAUUUAUUUGGGUUUCCUGUCCCACUACCAACGCUUUACAUGAACACUCCCCCACAUUAUCUUACUGUUCUGUCAUAUGUAUCAACACUUUAUAACACAUUCCAAUAUGUUUAUUAUAUAAAUAUACAAAGUAUUAUGUGUAGACCUAUGCUUUCCCAUACUCUUAUGCAUGUAUGCUUAUAUAUGUACCAACAGCAGAUGACUACAAUGCAAAAAGAGAAAAAAAAUAUAGGGCAAUAUUGCCAGUGCUAUUUUUAAAUGCCCUGAGUUUUUCAUUCCGAGCAGCUGCACUUUUUGGAGAGAUCACUCUGUGAUCUUCACACAAAAUAUUUACGACCCUCUGCAAGAAUGGUGUCUAUUUUCACAUCAAACCUGUGUCUUAUCUGCACUCAUGACGCUCUAACCUCUGUACCACAACUUCCCUUUGAAUUCUAUGUGUCGUCCUGUUCAGAAAUGCUUUAGACUUGAGAAAGGGAGGGUCUCCUGAAAGAUUAGUCAUUAAAAAUAUUGUUAGUCCAAUAAAAAAGGUAUUACAAGAUACAAAUUGUAUCUUUUUUUUUAUUUUAUUUUUUUUUUACACAUCUACAUCACUGGACUAGGAUGGCUACAAACGGUCUGUCUGUCUCUAUGGGAAGAGGAAGGCUGGUCAAUGAUUUAUCUGUCUCCUCAUGGGAGAUGGAGGGAGAUGCUGUGUGGCAAAACUGAGACUAAGCCAGACUGAAGAGUUGGCUCUCUGGAUCAGAGAGAAUAUAUAUAUUUAUUCGCUCUGAUUCGGAGCGCUAACUAUUCAAUCUGGCUUAGUCUCAGUCUUGCCACACCGCAUCUCCCUCCAUCACCCAUGAGGAGGCAGAUAAAUCAUUAACCAGCCUUCCCAUACCUCAAAUAUAAUGUUCUGAAACUUUCAUUAGAUCGCCCUAUGUGUCUGAAAUGUAAGCAAAAUUGUAAACUUCUCUCUCAUGGAACUCAAACCAUCCCAUGCUUUGUGUGUUCUAACAGCUAUUCUUGCAUCUCCCUGCUUGGGCAAUAGUUCUUUCCAAUUUGUACUUAAAUACCAUUACUCUUUGAAAUCUUUAAUAGUACAGGAUAUUAUGUAGCCCUAGCCACACCUUCUUGCACAGCCUUCCUAAACACUUACUGUAAAGUGGCGUCUAAUGUUUAUACUUCCUUUAUUACAAAUUCUGUUUAAUCUAGAAUGUCUUGUAUCAUGCACUGUUAAUUGCUUGCUAGACAUUGCAGGAACCUACGGUGUGUGUGAUUACAGUUCAAUUUGCAGAGCAGGAGAUAAAAACUUUUAGAACCAUUUUGUUUUCAUGCAGACUGUCAGUCUCAAAAUGGUGAGGUGUGGCUAGGGCUGCGGAAACAGACAAAAGUGAUUUAACAACUAAAUGGUAGAAAUUGAGCUAUAAAACUUCAGCGGCAUGGUCUAUACACCAAAAGUGCUUCAUUAAGUUAAAGUUGUUUUGGUGACUAUAGUGUCCUUUUUAAAUGUGAGACAGGAGUUUAAAACACAGGACAGUUGGCAUCAAUGAUAUUAAAUUUUGCUUGGAAAUCAGUUUGUCAACUUAAAUGAAUAUCAUAUUGGUGGGUCAAUUAUAACGUGAUUUGCAUGAUCUGCCUAAUCUCCAAUAACCAGAUUAAAAUGAUACAGAGUUUUGUACUCCAAUAUAUCAGUAGCGCAUAUUUACUGCCAAUAUGCUUUUAAUUUAACUUUCAUCUGCUGUUUCUGUUUUUAAAUUUAGAUUUCUCUAACUAUAGAAAUAUUCCAUAUGAUUCUCUAAUUGCAAAUUAUUUUAAUUUGUGUCUUUAUAAUUUAAUUUAAUUUUGUUUCCUCUCCUACGUGAUCUUCCAGCAGAGAUGGUCUUCCCGAAGGAAGCUUGGUGCUUCUAAGGUAAAUUAACUUGUUCUGGUACAUUGUAGAUUAGUUUUUGUACAAACUGUAACUCUCAUUUAAUGAAUGAGACCCACAGGCAGGGCUGGUGCAAGGAUUUUUAUCACCCUCAAAUUCAUCUUCACCAGUGUGUCUAUUAACCACACUUUUGCCCCUCUGUCCCAUCCUUUAACCCCUUUUCUGCUUCUUUUACCCUUUGUGCAUAUUGUUUUGUCAUUCAUGUUUACUUUUGCAUUUUUAACCCUCCUUUUGUGAUUGCCUACACCCAAACAGUCCAAGAUUUAGGGAUUACCCAGCUGUGUCCAAGGUGUUUUUAGAAGAAAAGAAGAAAAAAGAAAAAAAACUUUAGACACAGCAGGGUAAUCUAUAAAUCCUGGACAGGUAGGGGGGUGAGGACUGAGUUGGGAACCCCUGUCUCACACCCUUUUGAGUCUCCCCUUCUAAAUGUUAGCCCCGACCCCAAUGUUUUUUUUAUUCCUUUUGGCUCAUGAAAACAAAAAGGCUUUAUUUUCAAUCCAAUGUUAACUUGCUUGUUCUUAAUUUAAUCUCCUGCUCUGUAAAUUGAACAUUAAUCACACACUUCUGCAGGGUCUAGCAAGCUAUUAACAGAGCAGGAGAUAUGACAUUUUAAGUUAAACAGAAUUUGCUAUAAAGAAAGUGUAAACAUUAGCUCUCACUUUAUAGGAAGUUUUUUGGAAGGCUGUGCAAGUCACAUGCAGGAAGGUGUGACUGGGCUGCUUAAAGUGAUUUUUACGCUUAAAUGGCAAAGAAUUGUGCAGUGAGACUGCAGGGGCAUUAUAUAUCUAUCUAUCCAUCUAUCUCUCAAAACUGAUUCAUUCCAUUAAAGUUGAGAUACAUAUGUAUGUGUCUAAUUUUGAUGUCAUUGCAUCUUCUUGUAGAGGUUUCUUAUCAUGUUAUAAAAUUAUAUUUGAAUGUUUUUGCGUGUGUAGCUAGAUAUUGCCCAGGUGGGUAAAUCCCCUUUAUUAUGCUUGAUUAUUAAGAGGGCCAUAAUUAAGCUGUUCUGUAUUGUACAGCUUCUCAUUGGUAAUAUGCAAGGAUAAUCUGUGAGAAAAAUUAAAACAAUCCUGAAAAGUGGUGGUGUGCAAGUGGCCACACAUUUUUUGCAACUGUAACCAAAAUAGGUUUUACUAAACCUUUUUGGAGCAUGGAGUGUCCUUUUAAAAGACAUCUGCUCUCUCCUUUAUUUAGUUCCUUCAAGUCCUAAGAGCAACGAAAGUGACCUUUCAGUUGUGAGCUUUAUGUAAUUGAGGGCAGUAUACUUGAUAACUUGCCAGUGUUUCUGCAAUGUGCUUUCUGGAGUCAAGUCUGUCACAUCUUAUCACAACUUGUCUUGCAUUUUAAGAGCUGUUAAUAAUUGAGUUACAACUGUCUAUUGUGCCAGCAGGCCAUUUGGUUCCCAAGGCUUGUUAAUGACCCACUAAUAAUAAUGAAGAAAAAAUAUAUAAAUUAGGGACCCACUAAUUUAAAAAUAAAUAUCUAUAUCCUUCCUUGUGCCCCGCACUCACUGUUUCCGGUCUUGUAAAUGCCUUGGUGCUACCUCCAGCCACUCUAUAUAAUCCAAAUAGAGUGCAAUUAAAAAAAUAAAUAAAUAAUAAAAAAAUAAUAUAUAUAUAUAUAUAUAUAUAUAUAUAUAUAUAUAUAUAUAUAUAUAUAUAUAUAUAUAUGAUUAGGGAUAGAUUUAAAACAUUGCCAAGGAGUAACAGAUUAAGAAGCAAACCUGGAUCUUUCUUAUAUGGUGGUAAAAAAAAAAAAAAACAUUAAUUACCAUGUAGAAAAGUACUAUUAUUGGCAAAUCCUUGGUGAACUUUUAGUUCACCUCACUAUACUUUCAUUGUGUAAGUUAAACUUUAUUAUGUUUUGAUAAUUAAUAUGCUAGAUCACCUAUAGAAGAAUUGUGAAAUGUAUUUGUAAUGUAUAUUAAUUCCAGUGAAUGCCAUUAAUGCAACUCUUUUGUGAAGUAGCAAGCAAAGAGUUUGUUCAGUGAGGAAUGGAAACGGAUUUACAUGAGAUGCCUUGCCUGUGCCUUCUUGGGGUGUCUGUGAUUUCAGAGUUCAGUUUAAUCAGCAUAUACAAAACUAACAGAAUACGAGAAUAGUGGUAACACCAUAACUAUAUGUGGCCCUUCCCGACUUAUUUGGAGCACUUGGUGUUUUGGAAUCAACACUACAUAUUGUUCAUUUUGGUGUUCCAAUUAGUUUGAUUUAGUGUAUGAAAUCUGUUUUGGUUUGUACUUAAAGGCUGCAUUACUCCAAAAUGACCAGUAGAGGGGAGCAAAACCCAAUUUGUACCAAUUUGGAAUUGCAACCCUUCCCCGCAGAGCAGAGUUUACAGUGUAUGAACGCAAGGCCAUUUAACUCUGUAAGGAAUUUCCCAUAAUGCUUUACAAAACCUGACAAACAGUUGUAUGCUCUAGUUUAUUGAUUCAGCUACUGCACUAAAACAGCAGUACAUCAAUAACCAUCUUUAGUUAGGAAACCCUGGUCUGUAGAAGAGUACUGGCAGUUAAAAAAACAGCAUUAAGGAGUGAGCGGAGAAAUGUGCGCGUGGGGAAUACUGGUUUCACGGGAGAGAUGAGAGGCAGUGGAAAUACAGCUACAGAAAUGAGUAGCUUGGAGUUAUGUACAGACCUCUCAUGGAUCAGUGGCAGCAGGAAAAAAAGCUGAACAGAAUGCCAUUUGUGAGAACAGACUUGACUGCGAACACUGGAAAAAAAAAAAAUCAUUUAAAAAAAUAAAAUCUCAAUUUUUCUCAAGAUGAGUGUUCUCGCCCUUUUGUAAGGUGCUGAUCAACAGAUUUAGUUACUAUGUAACUAUUCUUCUAUAUCUCAGUUUUAAAAUAUCCAUACAUGGAACUGCAAUAUUGCUUUUGGUGGAAAAAAAAUUAAUCAAAAUGUAUGAUUCAAAGUUCGAAAUCCAGCCUCAUAAGAUUUAAAAAUAAAUCUUUAAAUAAAUUUAAUCAGAUUCCGUGUAAAGGCCAGCAUCAUAUGCGUAUGUUCUAUCAAGAACAUCUUUACGUUUGGAAUCGGUUUUAGAUGUAUUUUUUUUUGUAUGGCAUUGCUAGCAAGGUGCAGCUUCCUUUUACAAAUAAAUCUAAGCUUGUUUUGGGGAACAUCUACACAGAGUAGCUUAACAAGCAGUAUAUAUGUGGAUUCUCUAAAUUGCACAAAAAUAUGGAGAAAUAUACUCCUGUGUUUUUAAAAGGGCCUAGUAGUUGGCUGAAAAAGGUUGCAUAUACUAACAAGGGUGAUGACACCUCAUCCUUUAUGCUUAAUUUGCCAGAUUUUCUAGUUCGUUAACAUGCAUCUUUUUACAUUUAGGUAGAUCAUGAGUAAUUGUGAGUUUUGUUUCUCUAGCACACAAAAAAACCUAAAUAAAACUGCAACUUUGCUGUUUUUAUUCCAGAAUAAGGAUUUGGAAUUUUCUUAUGCAACUGGAUGUGUAAGGGCUGACCAACCUUAUGUGGUAUACAUGUGCUCUCUGAUGUGAAUGGAUUAGUGUACUCCACAGUGGUUACUUUGUAAACAUGUAGCAAGGAGAUACAUUUCACAUACUGCCAGGCUUCACUUUCAAACCAUGGCCAUAAAAAGGACAACAUCAGCGUAAUCUGUAAAACAAAGUAUCAAAACCUGUGAACAUUAGCUAAAAGUACUGCAGGGUUAGUUGCUUAACUUUUAUAUACCAUUCAAAUCAUGGGAGUUUUAAUUGUUGUUGGAAUGUACUUUUGCCGAUCUAUGUCAAUUGACCGAUGGUUCAUUUGACCUACACUUUUGGAAAUGUGUGCCCUAUGCUACAAUAAGCAACAGGUCAAAUGUCAGAAUUGGGGUUAAUCCUGUAAUGCAGACUACUUCUAUUUUUUUAUUUUUAUGAUUUACAGCCGAGUAUGCUGUAUUUAAGCAGGUAGAUUUUCAGAUGCCUUCAAUAACUUUAAAUAUGCCAGUGUGGGGUUUUUUUUCAUGCAAAGAUAACCUACUUUAACCAGAGCUGAACUUACAUCUAAGGCACCGGCAGUAUCCCAAUUCUAAGGAUCCAUUCUACAACCCUAAAAAAAAUGUGCUUGCCUUAGUGCGAGUAAAGAAGGGUAAAAAGCAGGCAAAUUGCAAAAGGAGUAUCUAGGAUUGGGGUAUAGGGUUAACUGGUUGUUAGGUCUAAGAGUGUGUUGAGUUUUAGUGAGUGGUUAGGUUUUUGCAUAGUGGUUAGCAUUACUCCUUAAAUGCGCCUGUUUAACAUGGCUUUUUUAAGUUCUUAAAAAAAAAAAAAAGGCUUGCGUGUAUCCAGCAAGUUAUCCAUUUUCUAGAAUGCCUAUUUUGAAGGUAGUUUUCAUAAUCUAGCUUUUUAUUUAAUUUCUUUUUAAUUUAAAAAAUUGUUUGCACUGAAGUUUAUAUUCCCAAUCUUUUUUUACUUUUUAUUGCCAUUUUUCUAUUUAAAUGUCCGUAAUGGUGGUUUUUUGUCCACAUUUUAAUAUAACACUCCAGUAUUUGUAUGUAGGAGAGGAGGAAAAUGGAGAAACACAUAAAACAUCACUUCAAACAUGACUGCGUUAAAUGCUGAAAUGUUCAAAGUACAACAGAGAAAGAUAAAGCUUUUGAUGAGAAGUGGAUGUUUCCCAGGGACAUUACAAGCAAUAAUCCAGAUGUUAUGGUGUAAUGCAAUGAGUGUCCACGGAUAGAUGCAAAGCCCAGCCAACUACAGCCUGCUGUAGGCCCACCCCUACACUCCCAUGCUGUUCAGCCAUAUGGAAGUAAUCUCCAGUCCCUGUUUAAUAGCCAGCUUUGGAUUCCAUUUUCACAAGGCUCGUACAGCUAAGUGGAGCUGCUUUAUGGAUAACUUAGAUAGAAGCACUUCCAAAAUAAACAUUCAGCUGGAAAUUAGGACAUACAGAGCCACAAAAUUAUUUUAGGGCAUAUUUCAUGGAAGAGCUGCCAUUUCUCUCAAGCAGCUGCCAGACUGUAGGAUGUGCCUUUGAUCCCUGAUCGACAAUACUCCCUGAUCAUAAGAACUGUGCAUAAAAUGUAUAAUUUAUAUAAAUAUAUAUUUAAAAAAAUUACCCUAUUAUGUGAGCUAUAUAACAGAGCUAUAUUUAAAGAAAAAAUGGAUACAAUUUAAAUUGUAUUGCGCUCCCAGUUCUUUUACAAGUUAAAAUAUUUUUUAUUUUCAUCCAGUACAACCCCGCAAUGUGCAUCUUUAUAUAUGUAUAUAUGAAUGUUUCUCGGCUACAUCUUUUAAACCCUAGAUGCUAAAUUUCAAGAUUUAAAAAACAAAAAAAGUUUUUAUGCUUGAUUUAUCUAUUUUUAACAAUCCUAUUUGUCUUGUUUAUGCACUUGUGAAUUUAUGAGCUGCAAUCCAAGGGAGAGUUUAAAGGUUUAACUAGGCUCUAUUUUCACCUUCCUCUAGAAGUGCAUAUGUUCCUGUCUGCAUCUGUAUAUAUACAUAUAGCUUUCCCCCGGUUUCAUUCAAUUAUUUUCUUUCUGCCUGUCAUUUUGUUAACUGUAAUUUUAUGUAUAUUUGUGUGUGUGCGUUUAUAACUGUUCUGUGGGUAAUCAGGUCGCUAAAACCGUCUCACAGAAUAUGUGACAUCUAUUCUAAUGUUUCAAAUCCCAUGAAAGUAAAACCGGAACUUUAUUAUCUUUAUAUAAUCUGAGAUCUCUGAGAAGGACCUCUGUGACCGGGAGAAUUGGAAUUGUGUAUCACUUUAGCGUGGUAGAGCAUGGUCCUAAGGUACAGGUUUUAGGCCAUCAGACACUUCUGUUGUAGGAGAUGGAAUUUUAUUACGACCGCUUUGAGCGUCCUACAGGUUCACUAGAUAUUGAUUUUUUUACAGGGCUUGAGCAACCACUGUGAGGGUAAGAAAAGGGAAGCUUAGGAGUUCCGUUUUAAAGACUGGAGAAUCACAAUUAGUUUUAAAUGCACAGAGUGGACAAAAUCUUAAUAAAUUGCCUUACAAGUAGUCACCCACUCAGUUGGAUUUCUUUUAUAUGCCGAGUGAUCUAGUAGUACCAACAGAGAUGGCUCAGAACCAAAAUUCCUGGCAUCUCUCUUCUCCAUUAGAUACAGUAGCCUGAGGGAAUCCUUUCAGGUGGCGGUGGUGCUAUUGCACAUUACCUUUCAUGCUUUGGUUAUGUUAUUAUGGGUUUUUGUUUUCCCAUAGGCAACUUCUAUGCAGAGCUUGCAGCUGUCAGAAUCCCUGGGGAAAACCCAACUGUGGAAUGGGACUGUCAGCAUCGCAUUACUGGAAGGGAUAAACCUCACAGAAGCUGGCACGUGUGAUAGUUUUGUAAGGUUCAAGCUUGGCGAUCAGAAGUACAUAAGCAAGGUAGGUCUCUGAAAUUCUACCAAGCUAUUGUGAGAUGUACAAUUAAUUUAUACUUCUUCAUUGUUCUUGGAUAUUUGAACCGAUGUGCAGAUAACCUCUUUGACUUUGAACAUUGUGAUCUUUUAAUUAGUUGGAGUAUUUAUUUAACCAUGACAGGAAGUCAUGCUAAUACAGCUACCCGUUAAUCUGAAGACUCAUGCAAAUUUUUUAUUUUUUUUUCUCAUUGAUGGUUACAGGCAGGCCUGGAAAACAUUACUAAAUAUUACUAGCCUGCAAGCAGAGUGAAAGCACUAGUUCACUCAAUGUUAUGGACCCUUAACCCCUUAAGGACACAUGGCAUGUGUGACAUGUCAUGAUUCCCUUUUAUUCCAGAAGUUUGGUCCUUAAGGGGUUAAAAUCAUCAAUUAAGAAGCCACUAAAAUGUUAGACCUGUUUAUAAGACGCUCCACGUGGUAUAUAUUUUACAUAACAGUCACUAUAUAAAGCGACCUAUGUUUUGCAUGUCUUGAACAAUCCAUUAAUGCCAUUAAUAUUUUAUUCCAUUAGUUGAUCAGUGUUCAACAUAUAUUGUGUAGUUUGCUUUGUCUAUUGCAUGUUCUGAUUUGUCUGCCCAUUUUGUUUGAUUUAACCUAUUCUGUUAACUACCUUGUUUAAAUGUUACCACUGCAUGUUUUUUAGACACUGUCUAAGAGCUCAAAUCCUCAGUGGAGGGAGCGCUUUGAUUUUCACUACUUCUCUGACAAGAUGGGGAUAUUGGAUAUUGAAGUGUGGGGGAAAGAUAACCGCAAGCAUGAGGAACUGUUGGGAUUGUAAGUAUUCCCAUUGCAUGUUUUAUGUGUUGGGAUAUAUUUAAAUGGAAUUUCUGUUUACCGUGUAAGUCCGACAUUGUUGUGUGCAGGUAGCAUGUAAUAUUUGAAACAUGGUUGUGAGCUGUAUCAGCAUCUGUGACCUUGGGCAUGUGUCCUCUUUUCAGAAACAUGGAUUUUCUAACUGGUGCGUGAAUUCACAUACAGAGUACAGUUUCUAGAUUUAGAGUCCGUAAGACCUAUUUAGGAGCCAGCCUGAAUUUCACGGAAGAAUCACUUUCCAGUACCUAUAUAGCUGUUAACAGAGUGACUCUUACAGAGACAUGCAUCACUUCUCAAUUUUUUUUUUAAUUUUUUUUUUUUUCAAACCAGCAAGCAAACACAUUUAAACAAAUAUGCAAACCAACAUUAUUUUGUAAAGUAUAAUAUAAAUGUUUAUAAACCUACUAAAAACUCGAUCAGAUUGCAUUAAUGGGCACGGCUCAGCUGGGAGAGUUGCUUCACACACUUUUUAAUAUGUUAAACCAAUGAAGGCAAACCAUAUAUUGCCCAAAUAUACUCUAACAAUGCACACAUCAAAUGAGCCAUUGCACUUAAUUGUUUAAAAGUAAAAAUAAAAGGUACCAAGCAGAAGAAGCACCAUAUAAAGCCUAUCUGUACUGUGCUAGCACUAACUGCAUGCCAUCAAACACAAAUACUAUAGCAAAAUGCAAAACUGCAUACAAAAUGAAAUCAAAUCCAAUCUUUAUAGUCAACCAUUAUACUGAGGCCAAUUUAGCCACACAAAACAAAAAAUACUUCCAAGAAGCAAAACCAAAAAGAAAACAUACAGUGCAAGAGCUGAGCUGUCAGGUAACCCUAUCCCCACUGUUUCAACAAAACCCAUGCUCUCUCAAGUGAACAUUGAAAAUGAGAAAAUCUAAAUACAAGUUAACUGCUACAUUUGCCAUUUUGAUUCCUAAUUUUUUGAAUCCAUUACUCUCUUCUAGAUGUAAAGUGGAUAUUGCAGGGUUGCCCAUCUACCAGGACAAUCGUUUGGAAGUGCCGCUAGAGAAGAACCAGGGCUCUAUACAUGUCAUCAUAACUCUAACACCCUGCUCCGGAGUUACCAUUUCUGAUCUGUGUGUUUGCCCAUUGGCAGACCCAAGUGAAAAGGAGCAGAUUAAAAAGCGUUAUGCAAGUACCAUGCUUAUUUUAUUAAAUUUCUCUUGGUGGCAAGUCUCUCUCUGUUUUCACUGGUCCACGUAUGAAAAGUAUGAGAUUUGGAACAAUAUUCUAAAGGCUAUGUUUUAAUGAAGUUAAAGCUUGGCUACUGAUGGGAUAUCUAGUGAAAAGCAAUCAAUAUUAUGACUUGUGAAGUUGGGUCCCAAUCUGUUGACCAUACAAGAUGUGGGAUAUAGUCUGCCAACAUGUCUCUUCCCUAACCCAUGCUAUUAAUAGCAUCACUACCGGCCAUGUGCUAAAAAACACUAUAUUCUAUCCUUAUCCCUAUUUCCCUUUCUCCUACAUGCACAUGUGCCUUCUUCAUGAUAACACGGCUUCCUGUUUGUUUCUUAAAACACCAGUCUCAUCUGGUUGUUGAUCAUCUAGAGUUGGUCUUUACAGCAGUAAGUCAUCUGCUAUGCCAAGAGAAGUGUAACACAACAUUUAUGAUGGGUCAGGUGGAGUGACUGCUGAAGAUAUGUAUCACGUUAAAGCCCACUAGUUAUAUCAAGCAAAAGUUAUAAUCCGAUAACAGAGUAGAUAUAGUUGUUAAUGUAGUAGGUAUUUUGUGCUUUAAUUAUAGGCAUUCAGAUAUACGAUUUAACUUGUUACUUGUCCACAAUGUAACUUAUAUGUAAUGGAAAAACAGAAGUGAAUAGGAGAUAAGAGCCAGCUGCUCCACUGAGACUUUUUUUUUUUUUUUUUCUUAUGCACAGACUAAAUUGUUGUCUUUCCAUUGCUGUAUAUCUGUUAAAGGCAAUUUUUAGUUCCUCUGCUGAGAUGCUAUCUUCUACAUUUACAACAAUUUGUCUAAGAUUUGGUUUUUAUAGCUUGUUUGAGGGCCUUUCACCCAUUGCCUCUGUUAUUAUUUUGUAUGACAAUUACUUGUUCUGAAAUAUUAUUCUACAAAUAUGAAGCGCUGAUUAAUAUUUUGGUGCUAAAUAAAUGUUAAUGCUCCUAAAUGAGCUAACUUAUUCUCCAGAUUUAUCUAUUGUACGGUUGUGCAAUCUUCCAUUAAAAUGCUACAUUCUCAUAAUUUGAUCACUUUUUACCUUUUGCUCGUUCCUCUUUAUUUUUCAUCUUUUUUUGUCCGAAAAAUGAGGUUUAUACCAUACAAGUAUAUUUGGGUGUCCAUUAUAUGACUUACACCUGCCUAUUUUAUUUUGUUUUUCUCUGACAGUGUUUGAAAAACUCAUUCCAGAAUCGAAGAGAUAUUGGUUUUCUGCAAGUGAAAGUAUUGAGAGCAGAAGAUCUCUUAGCAGCAGACUUUGCAGGUAUCAGUAUUUUCCUUGACUGCACACAUUAUCAGACACAUAUCUGUUAUUUAAGAUAUCUGGUCCCACUGAGAAACUAAUCAGAUCUAUCUAUAUGUUAGGCAUUCACUAAAACAGACCACACUGGCAGCUUUUCAUGAUGGUGCAGGUUAAUGAUGGUGUUUUUAUGAGAUAAUUAGGCCAUAAAUGACAUUCGAUUGAGAACUGAUCAUGUGUUUGACUGUGUGACCAGAGAAAGGGUUAAUUGCUUUGUUAGUUAUUUUGUCUAUCUGAGCAGGGUACAGUUGCUGGGCUAAUUGAAAAUGUUAUAAGGACAUUUAGGAGAAAGCUGUAAGCUCAUCCCAGUUCAUUUAUUGAAUAUGAAAUGUACAAUCUCCCUGUCCCUCUCUGUCACUAAAGCAUCAGCAGGUUUCAUUUGAACCAUAGUGCAGAAAUUUUGAUGCUGGAGAUAAUUGUUUUGUCAAUGUGAAAUGACUUUUCUGCCUCAUUAACUGGUUUUUAUACAUGUGCAUGUUAUUUGCACAGAUUGCGUUUGUUCACUGACCAAAAACAGUGUUCAGAACACAAAAUUACAGGGUGAGAUUAUGGUGUUUUUUUUUUUCUCACUCUGCUUUGCAUUUUAAGUAGUUUCUGUGCUGUUGUUAAAGUCUCUUUUAGGCUAGAGAGAGGAAUGCAAUAUAUAUUGAGUUUUUAUUUUAUUUUGUUUGUGUGUAUGAAAGAGUUACCGUUGCAAAAUAUACACUUGAAAUUUAACUUAGAACUAAAAUAUUGAAAGUGAUGAAAAAUCUGUUUAAAUGUUAUUUCAUUUAAAUCUUGGUCACCUCAACCCAUCUUUAAUUGGAUACGCCUAACCUUAAUCACAGAUUCUACACUGUGUCUAUAUAUAGUUACAUAGCUGAAAAGAUACUUGCGUCCAUAAAGUUCAGCCUUCCUCACAUAUGUUUUUGCUGUUGAUCCAAAAGAAGGCAAAAUACUCAGUCUGAAGCGCUUCCAAUUUUGCAACAAACUAGGAAAAAAUUCCUUCUUGACCCCAAAAUAGCAGUCAGAUGUCUCCUUGGAUCAAGCGGCUAUUACCCCACUAAUGAGAAAUUAUAUCCCUGUAUGUUAUGUUUUUGCACGUAUUUAUCCAAUUGCAGUUUAAACAUCUAUAUAGACUCUGACAAAACCACUUCUUCAGGCAAAAAAAUCCAUAUCCUUAUUGCUCUUACUGUAAAACAAAACCUUUUCUUUGCCUUAGAUGAAAUCUCCUUUCUUCCAGCCUUAAUGUGUGACCUUGUGUCCUAUGUAUAGCCCUGUUUAUGAAUAGAUUUCCAGAUAAUGGUUUGUACUGGCCCCGAAUAUAUUUGUAUAAUAUUAUCAUAUCCCCUCUCAGGUGCUGUUUUUCCAAACUAAAGAGAUUUACAUUUAACCUUUCUCCAUAACUAAAAUGCUCCAUUCCUUUUAUCAAUUUUGUAGCUCAUCUCUGCACUUUUUCUAGUGCCAUGAUAUCUUUCUUUAGAACAGGUGCCCAAAAUUGCACAGCAUAUUCAAGGUGUGGUCUUACCAGCGAUUUAUAAAGAGGCAAAAUUAUGUUUUCAUAUCGAGAAUUUAUGCCCCUAUACAUGACAAAACCUUACUGGCCUUAGCAAUGGCAGAUUGACAUUGCAUAUUGCUGCUUAAUUUGUUGUCUAUAACAAUUCCCAAAUCCUUCUCGUGUGUGGUUUUCCCUAGUUCACUACCAUUUAGGGUGUACAUUGCUUGUGCAUUCUUAACCCCGAAGUGCAUAACUUUGCAUUUCUCUACGUUAAAUUUAAUCUGCCAUUUUAGUGCCUAGUCCCCCAAUCUAUCCAAAUUCCUUUGCAGCAAGGCAAUAUCUUGCUCACAUUUUAUUACUUUACAAAGUUUUGUGUCAUCUGUAAACACUGAUAAAUGGCUUUCAGUGCCCAUUUCAAGAUCAUUUAUAUAUGUUAAAUAGAAGCGGUCCCAAAACAGAACACUGAGGGACACCACUUACCACUUUUGUACAGCUUGAAAAUUUACCAUUAAUGACAACUCGUUGUACUCUAUCCUUAAGCCAAUGUUCUACCCAAGAACAAGAAUAUUCAUCUAGACCAAUUUCUUUUUGUUUGACUAACCUAUUGUGAGGAACCGUAUCAAAUGCCUUGGCAAAAUACAAGUAGAUCACAUCCACUUCAACACCCUGAUCUAUACUUCUACUUACUUCUUCGUAGAAUGCAAUAUAUAGAAAGUUUCCCUAUCUUGCUCAGCUCUGGUAAAAGGUGGAAAUUAUGUGGGUCAUGUGAAGUUGAGUUUUUGAGGAAAGUAACCAUCAUAAUUGUUUGGGUCUUGACUUUGUACAUCAGGUAAAGUGAAUUCAUAGGAACCAUGACUUGCCGUUUUUAGAAGGAUUAACAUGGAACUUGUUUAAUAACCACACACACAUUUGAGACAAGUGCUGUAACAAUAACUUGGUACAUUAGAUCACACAAAAGGAGUUAGUCUACUGCAAUUUAAUACAUUUCCCACCAAAUAUCUCUAAUAAUAGUAUGUGUGUGUGUGUGUGUGUUUACAGGAGUCAUUUAGUUUGUUUUUCCACCACCCAUAAAUAACAAGAAGAAAGCAAUCCAUUAAGGUUGAAGAAGGAAUAGAAAACAAAGUUAGGAAUGCUAGUGUUUAAAGAGUUUGUGAGGUAACUACAGUAUAGGUUUGGAAACAUUAGUAAGUAAAUGCAUGGAAAAAUUCUGAAGGUGUUCUCCCACCCACCAAAAAAUGUGGAAAAAAAAAAAAGUGGAAUUGCAAUGAAAUUUGUAGAAUAUAUACAGACAAGUUUACUACUAUUGUACAAAGAAUUGUUGCACCUAUUUUCCAAUACAUGGUGAUACGAAGUAUAGCUAUAGUUCCGAUCUGUAGUAUAAAUAUAGUCUUCCUCUAACAGAGGGUGGGUACCACGUCCUAUCCAUUUGGUGUACACUGGUUUCACCAUCAGAAUGAAUGUAUUUGGUUGCACACCAGUUCUCCCCACAGUGUUUUUUGUUUUUGUGUUUUCCAUUUAUUCUAUCCUAGUCACUGUUUGGAGUAUAAGAAAUCAAAGGUGUUGAAUGGUUCUGACGAGAAUUUAUUUUUUUUUUUAUUUUUUUAAUGAAGGCAUUUAAUGCUUGGGGCUAAAUAAGAGCCUGUGACAUCACACACUGCCUUUUUUUUUUUUUUUAAACUAGCAUUUCUCUGUUUUUGUGUUGUAGUCACUGUGGCUUUGCCCUGUUAUUGCCUAUUCCUUGUCAAGUUAUGCAUAUAAACCAUUGUUAAGCUUUUAGAGUGUAAAAGCAAGCUGAGCAUCAUGGAAAAUGUAGUCCAGAAAUAAUUUAUGGUGUCAAGGUUAGCCAUCACUGGUCUAGAAACAAAGUGUAGCAGAUACAGGAGUUCUGGUCUCAGGCUUUGGGCACUGACCUGUACCGCCCAGAGUUUGUCCCUCUUCUUCCAGCACGGUCAGACUAGUAGUGCCAAGGAUCUUCUAAAGAGAGGGCUUCCACAGAAGUCAAGCAAUCAAUUUAAUUUGAAUUGACCAAUUUAGAAAAUCCCAACCAUUUUAAACCAGAUGAUAAGCAAAGGAAAGGUGGGGAUGAAUCUGGUCAGCCCAAUCUUCUGUGCCAACGCUCAACUAUCAUGGAUGCCAUGGACCAGUACCUCCCCCCACCCACUCCCCACAUGGAUACCCCUGUCCCUCCAUCUCAGUUUUGUUAUAUUCUUUAGUGUACACAAAUGAAAUAUUUUAUUGGUACAUGUAUCACGUUGUGUAUCCAAACUCACAGGCUUAUCUGGUUCUGUCAAGUUCACAGUGUAGGAGUGUAUCAAACUUACUCUUGUAGUGUCACGAUCAUUUUAAACAGGCAUGUCAGCUAUACAAUGUCUUGUUAACUGGAGGAAUUUAAUUGCACAGAAUAUAAUACCAGUCUCGCACAAGAAAAUCUAGCUAAUUCAUCAUAUGACUGACAAAGGAAUAUAUACGAUAUGAUAUAUCUAUGUAGCAUUAGUUGGGAAAAAAUUAGGGACACAUUUAUCAAGACUAAACUGGAGCAAUUCCAGGGUAAAGUGCUUCAUUUGGGUGACUCUGUGGAUGUUCUUUUGCUUUCCACUUUGAUUUGCUUGUCAUUUAGCAUUUUAUCCCAUAAUUGCUUCACAUCUUGGCUUGUUAAGUAUAACCCUAUUAAUUUUCCUCCUGUAACAAGCACAUCAGGUGUUUUUUCCAGAUGCUGUAAAUAUUUUAAGCUUUAGCCAAAAUGUAAAAUAAGAGGGAGAAAAAAGAUUAAUCUUAAUACAUUUUAUUUAUUUAAAAAAAUAAUAAUUAUGUUGCUGUUUGGAAGCAGUGUAUAUAUAAGCAGGCAGAGGUAGUCAGUGACCCAAGAAAGGGAGGCAUAGACAGUAAAACUGUACUAGUGCAUCAGAAUUCAGCCUUUUUAAAGCAAAUUACAGUAAAAGAUUUUUAACCUGGAAUCAAGACUCCAAUGAUCAGUUUCCAUAACUUUUCAUCAUUAACUGCGGUUGAACAAUUUGGAAACAGCCACUAGUGCAACAUAUGUAGAAAUAAAAAAAUCAAUGUAGCCGUGCUGCACCAGAGCCAUAAACCUAAAAAGCAGUUAUUCUGUCAAGAUAAUGUUUUUUUGCUGAUAAAGUCUGUUUCGAGAUGGCUGGUAAAGUUUAUGGAUUACCAAUGUGAGUUUCACUGCGGAAAUAACACUGUUAAUACAGGGCAGUUAAAAAAAUAAAUAAAAAAUAAAACCUACUCCGUCCUAUUAUAAUUUCACAGGUUUAACUGCUUCAGUGCCAUAGGGUAGUUACACACUUUAGGAAGCAGAUGUUACACUUGACCAGUUAUAAUUUAACUGAUGUUCCUUUGUAGUGUUUAUGUAGGUGGUACUUUGUUGGAUUUGGAAACUGGCAAUGUUUGGGAGCAAAGGGGUACAUUUAGGAGUACAUCUAAAUUUUUUUUUUUUUUUUUUUAAAUUUUUUUUUUAAUAGCCAAACUGAAACCAUGGCUGACUUUUUAAAAUUGUUUUCAUUUGAAUUACACCAUUUUGGCCUAAAAAAUUUAAAACUUCACAUUGAAUACCCAAUAAUUAAGUUAAUAGCCAUGUGCAUUUUAUGUAUUUAUUAUGACGCAACAAGCUUUUUUUUUUAAUUGUAUUUAUUUUAAUUAUAAAUACAUAAAAAGGUAAGGAGCAAGCACAAAUUGAUUUUAGUUGCCCUGGCUCCUGGCCUUUGCUUAGACCUUGUCUAGUACAGGGGCAAAAGCUUCUAUUUUCUGUCUUACAAAAGCAGAUUGAAUAUACACUCCAAUAUAUCCCUCAAAAAAGUCUUGCAGGUCAAUGUACAUCAAUCUAGGGAAUAUAUUCACCCCAGGAGACUGAAUAAUAUGUCAAAUGACGAAUGCCUUGAGUACCUACACACAGUGCCACCAGUUUCAUUUAGUGACAUCCAGUGUACAUGCAUCUCAUAAAGUUAUUUUAAGUGUACUUCCCAGAUGUCUCAUAAUUUAUUUUCUUUGGGAAAUGAGACAGACAAAAUCAUGUAAAUCCCAGGCUCUGAGUAUUAGGUGAUCUUAAAUACCAGUCACAAAAAAGGCACAGGACAUGUCAAGUUAAUUUUGCAGUGUCUUCUUGCACCUACACACACUUGCUCUAUCUAAAUUUCAAAAUUUACAUUUAUCCAGACAAAAUUGAGAAACUCUCUUCAGGCGGACCUGUAUUGCACCAACAUGUUUUCAGAAUAAAUUUAGACUUUAAAUUUAGGUACUCCACUAAAUGGAUUUGUGGAUUAUAUAAAACACACAUUGGCCGUCUGUUAAGAAUAACAUUUUAAUAUUCAAUUCAGUAACCAAUAAACUGAAGAAGCAAGUUAUCUAGUCUCCUGUCCUCGCACUGCUGCCAAUAUUUAAAACGCUUUUUAUGAUAUAGAUAGAUAGAUAUGUAUAUAUGUGUAUAUGUGUGUGUGUGUGUGUGUUUUAUUGGAUACUAAAUUUUCAAUCCCUUUCAUAGUGAUCACCUGUAUUAAUGACUUUUCUAUAAUACUGUAAUAACUAUGUAGGUUUUAUUUAAAGCAGCAAAGGGCAUAACAACCAGUUUCAAAGACCGGCACACUGAUAAUAAAUAAAAGAACUCUACUUUAUGUAUGUUCUGUUGCUGCACAAUCAUUUAUGUAUGCAGGUUUUUUUUUUUUUUAUACUAUUCUAUAUUUGAGAUGUCUGUGUAUCGGUCUAUAAAUAUUGCACUUUAAACAAUUUUGCUGUUGAAAAUGUAGCACACUAUUGCAAACUCUUAUGGCUCUGCACUCAUAUAGGGCAUGAUAAGCAUAUAUCAUGGAGUUAAAAUUGUUAAACAAAAAAGCGCAAAUAAUACUAAGAUUAAUGGUAAAACUAUAAUAAAGUAUUAGCUGCUAAACACAUAAAAGAUUAUUCCUAAAAUCUUAAAACAAAUAGUGCAUUGACCAUGUAAGCGCUUAGAUCAGUCCCAUAGACCAUUUUGCUAAUCAAUAUUGCUAAUAUAUCUAGAAUUGUCUAUGGGACCGAUCUUCUAAGCGCUUACACUUUCAAUGCAUUAUAUAUUAUAUUAUGGAGUGCCUCGUUAAGGCAUAUGACAAGUGUGUAUCACUUCUCCGCUUGGUUUCGAUAGUACUUCCUAAAUGAACAUUGACUUUUGAUGCCAUUAUAUAUGUCAGGGCUUGACAAAUUUGCUUGGAAUCUAGGAGCCAGCAAAAAAGUUAGGAGCCAGAUUUUUCAUUGUCAAAAAUACAAUUCUUAAAGCGACACUAUAGUCACCAGAACCACUACAGCUUAAUGUAGUUGUUCUUGUAUCUAUAAUCUGUUCCUGCACACUUUUUUUCAAUGUAAACCCUGACUUUUCAGAGAAAAGUCAGUAUUUACAUUGCUGCCUUGUAACACUUCUACUGACAGUCACUCAGACUGCCUCUGUAGUGCAUUCUGGGUCAAUGCUGCACAGCGCGCAGCACUUACGUAUAGCAUCUCCACACCCCGCAUCAAUGCAUCUCUGAGGAGAUGCUUAUUGGCGCAGCAUGACGUUUUUCCACAUAUGCGCAAUAGCCUCCCAAUGCUUUCCUAUGGGAAAGCAGUGGAUUGGCGGAGAUAAUCAAGAUUGAUGACCGGGCCAGCUGUGGCAAGAUCAGUACAGAGUGAGGGGGGAAAAAGGAGAGUAAAAAAACAUUUCCCAUGUGAUUGGAGGGGGACCAGUCAUCUAAACGCACACUCACUCAUGCACUCAGUCACUGCAAUAAUCACACACAUUUAUGUGACUACACAGCCUCCCUACCUGGGUUCAGCUUUCCAUGUGGUCCAGUGGGGCUUCAGUCCUCUCCCUGCAAUGCUCCAUAGCGCUCUGUUUAGUGAUGCCUGGACUGGAAUUACAUCAUAUUCCAGCUCCCGGCAUCACUGGAGGGCGCGCGAUGGAGCAGAGGGAGGUUGUUACAGCUCCCUCACACGCCUGCCCGUCUGCCUCAAAUCUCCAGGAGCCUCCUGUCUGUGCACACGCCAAUGCUCACUCACAAGGCCGCCCGCGCUUUUCCUAAGCCGACCGACCACCCAUACGCAUGCCCAUGCGCUUUAUGAGCCUAUCGGCUGUCUGCCUCCACUAAUAGCUGGCCGGCAAAUCCCAGACGCCAGGACAAAAAUCCUAGUUGCCACUGGAGUAUGUAUGUAUGUAUGUAUGUAUGUAUCACAUCAGUAGGACAUAGUCUUCAUUUAGAAGGACAAAGGUUUCAAAAUAAUUUCAGGAAGUAUUACUUUACAGAGAGGGUAGUGGCCGCAAUAGCCUUCCAGCUGAAGUGGUAGAGGUGAAUAGUGAGGGAGUGUAAUCAUGCGUGAGAUAGCAUAAGGCUGUCCUAGGUAUGAGAUGGGCCAGGGACUAAUGAAAGUAUUUAGAAAAUUGGGAAGACUAGAUGGGCCGAAUGGUUCUUAUCUGCCGUCACAUUCUGUUUCUCUUGUGGCAUUGUAAAGGUGAUUUACUCUUAUGAAUGCAACACUAUUACAAAUUUGCUCAACCAGUGCAUAACUUUUUUUUUAAUGCAUGUUGAUAGCUGUGUUUUUUUUUAAAAGAACACCCAUAUAUGCACUUUAGUAUUCAAGACACAUGGUCAUUCAGUGCUGACAAUGAACUCUUAACUUGUAAGGAAAUUCACAUGGUAAAUGUAUCACAGCCAUUUCAAUAAAUGUGUCAACCCAUUACAGUUUAGCUACCUGUACUGCAAACCCAUGUGUACAUAAACACUUGUAUUCAUAUAACGUGCACAAACCAGACACAUCCGUUUAGUCCUUGGUGUGCCAACGGUUUGUUAUCUUGAUCUUUGUAUAAACCAUAUUUAAGUUCCCAAACCCAGGUUAGGCACCAAAUAUUUCUAUACACAAACUGUACAUCUUCCUGAUGAGUAAAAAAAUUUUUUUUGAAUCUUUUCCUCAGGAAAAAGUGAUCCUUUUUGUGUCUUGGAAGUGGGAAAUGAUCGGCUACAGACUCACACAGUUUACAAAAACCUCAAUCCAGAGUGGAACAAAGUUUUCACCUUGUAAGAAACUGUUUUAAGUAUAACCAUGCAUAAUAAACUUUAGAAGGGUGUAUAACUGCCCCUGAUAUGUGUUCGUUUUAUUGGAUUGAUGGUUUUGUUUCAUCAUUUUCUCAAAUUAAAAAAAAAAAAAAAAAAAAAUUUCAAUCAACUAAACACUAUAUUUAUUUUGUGUUCUUGGUUGAUAAAGUGCAUGCCACUAAUAAACAGCUGCCAUGCAGUAGUUUCUUAAUUAUUUUUUUUUCCUUUCUUUUAUUCUGUGACAUGCUGCUGCCAGUAUCAUAGGCAAUCAUUGUCCAUAUUCCUCCUCUGGAAAUUAAUAGAAUGAACCUAACAAGUUCUGAAAUAUGUAGAUUGCUUAUUGUGCUACUUAACAAUAUUCACAAUUGUGUAUUGAGUAGACUAGUGCACAGUAAGAAAAUAUUGGUACCCUUGGUAAAUGAGAAUUUUUUUUUGUCUAUUUAACCUUUUUAAUUUUUUUAAUUUUUUAUUUUUUUUAAAUACACAAAACACUAUUCUUUUUCAGUCCUAUAAAAGAUGUUCAUGAUGUUCUAGAGGUAACUGUGUUUGAUGAAGAUGGAGAUAAGGCACCAGAUUUUCUUGGGAAAGUUGCAAUUCCUUUGUUGUCGGUAAGUUUUCCAAAAUGCUUUGCAUGCUAGAGGACCUCCCACAAAUUUCAUUAAAGAUGAAAAUUAUUUUAGAUUUUUUCAAGGAAUCCAUUAUGAUAAUCAGCAUUUAUUUCCCAUCCCAUCAGAAACUAGUCAUCAAGGAACAGCAGUGGUCCAGAAUGAAAGUCUUGCUAUGUUCAAAUGGAAAUCUAGAUUAAGCCUAGGCUGCUGGUGGCAGUUGUAUGGUUUGUAGAAGCACUUUCCUAGAAUGACUGCCUUCACCGCCAUCAAUUUAAUGAUCCAUAAGUUGACCUAGGUGGCAGCCUAGGGCCUCAGGGGCAGAUAGGGGACCCAAAACGAGAAAUUUACUAGGCCCUAUUCACCAUCCCAAUGUGAGGAAUGAAGUAGGGAGCCAAGCCGAUAACCUGCCUAGGGUCCUAUGGAUAUUAAUUCAUCUCUGAUAUGAAGUAUAAAAUAUUGUUAGAGCAGUGAGAAUGGUGUAUUUGUGUCUGUAAUACAUCUGCAUGUCUUUAUUGCUCUGCAUUGCUAUGUAGAGUAAAAACUGUCUGAGCACUUCUAUUUAUAUGUAUUUGCAAAUUUAAUGUCUUAAAGAAUUAUCACUUGGAAUCUAGAACUUGAAUGUAUGAAUAUAGAAUUGUAUGUAUAACUGGAUAAUUCCUUUAAUUUUCAACUUGUCACAAGCACUUCUUUUGUUGUUUGCACUAAACUCUAUCCCUGAAUUGAUCUCCUAUUGAAGUUUAGUACAGAGUCCUUGUGAAGAGUAGUGAAUGUAGAGCAUUUUAUCUCCCAAAGUGGCAAAGUUGGCCUGGUAGCCGAAUAAUUUAGAACACUGGCUUGUUUGCACACAGAGCUAAAAGUAAAAAAACAUUUUAGCUUAGAGCCACAAGUCAUGUAGUCUGCAUAAUGUUCCAUUCUGGCCCAGUCAGUUGUAGCAUAUACAUUAAAUGUAUCUUGCACCAAUCUCAAUAUUGAAGUUGGAUGUAUUCAAAGUGCUGAUGUUUAGAGACACCGAGCCUUCUCACUGUACUUUGCGUAGUUUUUGAUCUGCUAAUGUGUCCCUGGAUCCUCGUAUCCCUGAUGUUAUUGGAAGAGCAAGGUCUGAGCAGAUGCUCCUGUAUAGCAUCAGUCUGUGCCAAAUGUUCUUUGGGAUCGCCUAGCAGACUGCACACUCAUUUUAGUAACCGACCAACUUUGUGUUUUUUUUUUUUUUUUUUUUAAACAUACUUGUGGAUGGCUCUUUUGCUACACCUAUAUUAAAGGGAUACAUGGACAUUUGCGAUGGCGAACAUUUGGCUAGAUUUUUCAGUGUUCUUUAUCAUUACCAGCUAUAAAGCUCAUUCAUUAAUGUGCCAUGAGGCCAUUAUGUGUCUUGCAAAGCAGCUUUGUUCUCUCCAUUUCAAAGAGACAUUUGGGCAUAACAGAGUACAUCCAUAAACCCCUUAAGUGCCACGAGAUCCAAAAGCACUUUAGUUUUACCAGAGUUUAAUACUUUUUUCUUUUUACUUUUUUUUUUUUAUAAUUCAGAUUUCAAACUUUUUUAUAUUUAUGAUAUAAUUUUUUCAUUUUUUUUCAUCUUUUUUUUGUUUUUUGUUUUUUCUUCCAAGGUGAAAAAUGGGCAGCAAGUGUCAUAUUUAUUAAAGAACAAAGAUUUGGGGAAUGUAACGAAAGGUCUGAUUUAUCUUGAAAUUGAUGUCAUCUAUAACUCGGUGAGUUGGAGCUGUGUGUUAUUUUUUUAUUUUUUUUAACUUUUCCUAGCUAAAAUAAUCAUGAUUGUAUUUGAUUACAGGUCAAAGCAAGUGUAAGAACUUUCUUCCCCAAGGAGAGACGCUUUAUAGAAGAUAACCCAAAGUUUUCUAAAAAGGUUUGUUUGUCUUUUGUAGACAUUGACAACUGGUCCCAAAAUCUGCAGUUUCAGUAUUGGCAUUCAGUUCAACUGACUGAACCAAGACUUAUUUGUAAUGUGUUGUUUGUUUUUUCUUCUUUGGGUUGUAGCAGAAUAGGUUUUAAUAUUGAUCACCAGGAUACCGAUACCAAUACCAAUGUGUUAUCUCUUUGCUUAAGUAAAUACAACAUUGACACUGCCACUAGGGUUGCUAUUACAGCCAAAAUUUUAAUUAUUCUAAACUGAAUGUGUUUAAAUGUGGGAGAUAUUAGGAAGGAACUUCCAAUCUGACACACUGAAACAAACAUUAAAGAACUCCUGCUCUGUAGUAAUCAGUAAAUCCCAAACUGAACAGAUGAAACAUUCAACAUGCUUAAAGGAACACUGUAGUAUUAGGAAUACAAAUGUGUAUUCCUAACACAGUACUGCUCCAAUCACCACUUGGGUGAGUAGGCAACAUUUCCAGGGUUAAAAAGGAAGUUUAAUUACCUUUCUCCCUUGCAGCACCAGUCUUCUAGAGGAUGCUCCACCUCAUUGGUUGAGAUAAUCAUUAUAGAUGCUCUUAGCCAAUCAGUACUGGGAGGAUAGUGCAAAUGUGUGGCAAAACUCUGCACUCACAGUGACCAUCUGAUAGAAAUAGUGGAGUUUUACUCAAUAUUUUGUGGAAGCAUCACUAGUGGCUGUGAGUAUGACAUCCAAUAGAGGCAGGUUAACCCUGCAAUGAAAACUUUGCCAUUCCUGCAAAACGGCAAUGUGUUCAACUGCAGGGUUUUAAUUGGUUGGAUUAUAACAUGCAGACCACUUUGAGUGGUUUCCUAUAGAGUCCCUUUAAUAUAAAUUUGUAAAAAAAGUAAAUGAAGUAGGACAUUAUGAUGUAUAAAGAUUAUCAUUUAUGAUUAUAGAUUUUAUUUACUUUCUUAGAGGCAUGGUAUGAUCAGAAUGACUUGCUUGUACUGGGAGAAAACGUCCACCUCCAAUCCAGAACCAGCACUUGAUUUAGUCUACCACAAUACAAAAAAGAAAGAUGCUCGAUUCUCAUUUUCAUACAGAGCACCGCAAUUAUGUAAUGACCUCCCGCACACUCUCAAAUCUUUCCCCAGCCUAAAGUUCUUUAAGAGAUCCCUCUCUACAUACCUCAAAACAGAAUGCAUCUGUCAUGGUUGAUUAUAUAUUUCUUGCCAGUUCUAUGUUAAAUUUUGUAAAUAUGUAGAGUAUAAAUAUUUAUAUAUUUUAUAUUUUUAAUAUUUAAUUGUACCCCAUUAUAAUGAUGCAAUGUUUGUGGACCCAGGACAUACUUGAAAACUAGCAAAAUCUCAAUGUAUCCUUCCUGGUAAAAUAUUUUAUAAAUUAAUGGUAAAAUAGUUGCUGAAGCAGGUUACGUAAUUUUUGAAACCAUAUCACAGACCUAAAUGCAGGGGUUUGGCAUGGCAGUAAACUUGCACAGAUUAAUGAAGUAUUAUAUUAUUUGUCUUACUGAGUUUGUUUGCUCAUUAGAUUCUAUCAAGGAAUGUUUAUCGUGUAAAGAAAAUCUCCUUGGCCAUAUGGAACACACUGCGAUUUAUUAAGAGUUGCUUUCAGUGGGAAUCUACAAAAAGAAGUAUAAUAGCAUUUGUGGUAAGUUUGUUUUUGUAGCAAUGAGUAAUUUACAUCUUCAAGUGGCCUUUUUUUAAUGGUUUUGUUUGCAUUUAAAAUUUUCAUUAAAAUGUGUGUAUUUGUUCUAUGUUUAGAACAAGGUCCAAAAAUAAAUUUUUUGAAGAUACCCUGUUUCUCUAGCUAUGUUUGUAAAUGAGAUUUGGCCUUAUUAAGAUAUGAAGAUGACCUAUUUUUCUGAUCGCAAUAAACCCGCCUGUCAUUCGCACUCGCAGCUCGCCUUUUUACAGCUGCACAGAUAAUGCAGAAAUUACAGUUUCACACUAUUAAGUACAACUUCAUCGAAACCUUAGAUGUCACUGGUGGGCAGAGAGUGCUGGUCUGUUCCUCCUACAUAUAAAUAUUACACUAACAUGCCUUUCCCUUAUGCAGUAGUUACCUGUGGUCCAGUAUUGAGCACAUAGUCUGCUAUUGCAUGCCUGGUAUUAAUUUAUAAACCGAGAAACCAGAAAUAUGAUCAGCUACAAAGAAGCAUCAAUUUCUCUUUGCGUUGUUUUUGCUACUUUUUUUCAACUUAUCUCCCCUUUUCUGCCAUUUAGAAGUAAUUGUUAGUUUCCUUGGGAUAGGGAAUAAUUGAAAAUAAUGGUAAAUAGAACACUUUACUUAUAACACUUUGUCAUUAAGAUAUGUAUUCUUUUUGCAAAAUAAUGACACGACUUGUCACACAACUUCAAUUGUAGAUAGGUAGGCAAAAAAUUCUUACCGUUUAACUGUAAUAAUUUUUACACAGCUAUUGAGAGGUUAAAGUCAUUAAACUUAAUAUCGCUGGUCACCAAAUGCUUUAAAGGGAAGCUACAGUGCCAGCCCCCCACGGUGCAGAAGGGAGUAAAACCCCCUUCUGUUCCUUACCAGAGUCCAGCGACAUACAAGCGCCAUUGUACAAUGCUUUGCUAUGGUUUUAGGUGAUGCUAGAUGUCCUCAUGCAUAGUGACUGAGCUGAAGUGGUCUGGGUGCCUCUACUGUCCUUUUAAGACUUGUAUACAUUCUCUUUACUCUAUUGUAUGUUGUUGUAGAUAAUUCCAAUAUUGUGGUUAUUUUCUUUUGGUUUUGUUAUAGUGGGCAAUAUGUUUGAAGAAAUGUAUUAUGUAUUUAAAUAGUUGCAGCCUUUUUUACUUUGGUGCUUUUAACUUUGUCAGCUGUUCCAGGGCUGAUCAUUUAUUAGAUUAUCGGUCUGGUCUUUCUAUGCUCUUUAUUCAGUUUUCUGCUUUAACAUGGCAAGCCAUAGAUGGCUUUUAUUGUCAUACGACAUGAGCCUGUAGUGAUAGCCAGUAAUUAUACCCACCACACAGGUGAUAGUUACAAGUACAGCUCAGUAAUAAUUUUAGCUGCCCGAUCUGAUGCUCCUUAAGGGAAGACCAGUGCUGUAUCUUGGAAAGGCGCCUGUAGUGUAUGUCUGGUAUACCGUGAGUGUUUCCUUUCAUUCACAUUUUGCUAUGAUACUACUCACUGUUGGGAUGAUUCUCCCAUUGCCACUAAUACCACAUAUCUCCUUCUAAUAAUGGGCUAUUCCUGCCAUGACCACCGAAAUAGGCUAUUUUAUUUUCUAUCCUUUCAUGGCAGAUUAACAAACUGUAUUUACAGUAGACAUGUGCAAUUCGUUACGUUCCGAAUGUACAUUUAUACAAAUUUCAUGCCCUUCGGAUGCUUACGAAUGUCUGAAGUGACGAAGUUCGGUAGUUCGGAAGUGCUGAAGUGCCGAAGUGAUACGGAUUUCUGAAAAGUAGUAAAACAAGAGAGGAAGGGAAAAUUACAUGAAUGAUAACCGGAAUCUUGACCAAUAAGCUAAUUUCUUUUGUGCAAUGACGUCCUAUCCUGUAUGCGUCACAUUGCGGCUGCCAGCGGACCCUGAAGGACGUGCGAGGGAGCUGUGCUGCAAGAGCACAGUAAGUAAUUUUCUCCCUCGCCGCCUGGCAUGAGAGGUUUGUCCCAUGCAGUCUCGCGCAGUCUCUACAGCGCAUGACUGCAUCGGACAAACAUCCUUAGCCAAUUAUUACAUAGGAUAUAUAAAGUAGACCUGUGCAAUUUGUUUUGUUCCUACAAAUUUUAUGCCAUUCGGAUGCUUACCAAUGUCUGAAGUGGCAAAGUUCUGAAGUGACUACGUUCUGCAGAAGUGCCAAACUGAAUGCCAUUGGUCCGAAUUGCCAAAGCAGAAAAUUUAUUUUUUAUAUUAUAUAUUUUUUUUACUUACCCGAAUUUCCAAACUGAACCAAAUUUAUUGCCCAUGCACAUCCCUAAUUUACAGCACUGAUCUGAUAUCUGCACAAAGUUGUAAAUGAAGAACAUGUAACCUUGAAUGUGGUUUGUGUUACAAAUUUGCAUUCAUUGAAGAUAGGUGCACAUAUGGGAAACAAGACGGGCAAACUUGGAUGCAUUGAAGGAGGGGAGUUUUAUACACUAAAACCAUGGUUGGUAUUUUUGGAUCCAUAUUUCUCUGUUUCACAGAGGAUCUGGUUAACCAGUUUUAAAGGAUCACUAUAGGGUCAGGAACAUAAACAUGUAUUCCUGACCCUAUUGUGUUAAAACCACUAUCUAGCCCCAUAGGAUUGGCUGAGAUUCACAAAGAGGUAGAUCAGGGGCAGAUUCAAAUACAGCCCUGGCCAAUCAGCAUCUCCUCAUAGAGAUGAAUUGAAUCAAUGAAUCUCUAUGAGGAAAGUUCAGUGUCUGCAUGCAGAGGGAGGAGACACUGAAUGUUUGUAUGCAUUUUAGGCAGCCAUGACCCAGGAAGGAUCUCUAACAGCCAUCUGAGGAGUGGCCAGUGAAGUUAUCACUAGGCUGUAAUGUAAGCACUGCAUUUUCUCUUAAAAGACACUGUUUACAGCAAAAAGCCUGAAGGGAAUGAUUCUACUCGCCAGAACAAAUUCAGUAAGCUGUAGUUCUCUUGACUAUAGUGUCCCUUUAAUUUGAAUGGUAGAAACUUUCAAAUUGUUUCAUUACUGUAAUUCAUAAUUGUAUUUGUAACUUGAAGAUAUUCUUGUACACUACUGCUCUUAUUUAAUGGUUCCUGUAGGUGGCGCCAAAAUACCAUGAAUGUUCUCCUGGUUCUGUUUUGUCAUUCCUAUUUUUUUUAGGUAGUAUUUAAUUGCACACCUGUAUAGGUAAUAUUUAUAUUUGUGUGUGUAUACAUAGGUAAUAUAUUAGAGGUCCCUACUUUCCAAGGGGUUGCACAGAAGCUUUAUAUCACUUUAGUAAUUUAAAGGGAAUAGUCUUCCAGAAGAUCAGAACUGAGAAUCUGCAAGUCUACACAAUGGUUUUGGCAUAACCUAGGAUUUAAACACAUAGCUGGAUUAGUUAUUUGUUACUCAUAAAGGCAGAAUAGGGGUGAUAAGCGGAAGUGCAGUUAGCAUAUUUAAAUCAAAAGACAAACUGUGCCAGACACAUCCAUAGCGCAAAAUAAAUACAAGUGGAAUUUUCUAAUUUUCACCUACCCCUUUAAUAGAUUUAAGAAGGAUUUCUGGAAAAAAACAAAACAAAAAAAACAAACUUUUUUUUUUUUGUUUUUUUUAUCUUUGUUAAAGAUAACAUUAACUUGUAGUUAUCUUUUUGGCCAAGUGGAUGUGUAUAUGUCUUUUCAUUGUGCAUAUUGGACUUCUUUGAACGCAAGUAGCAAUGAAGUAUGUGUUACAUUUUAUAUAUGUCUAAUGAAGACACCUCUGGUAACACAUUGGAAUGAGAUAAAUGCUUGCUGGAAUUCCUGAGGGAGGCAGAGCAUUCUGAGGGCCUAAUCUAUUGUCUGGGAGGCUGAAGAGUGUUAAUGCAGUCUGCACAGAUUACACUCUUUUUUUUCUAAUUGAUCCAACACAUUCUUAAAGGGUUUUAACUGUGGAAAGUGGUGACAUUCCCAGUCUACAUUUGAUCAACCACUAAUGAAUUUUGUCUUGCCACAGUGAAGCUCUAGAUUGUGACAUUACAAGUGUCCAUUAAAGACCUACCACUUGGACAACAGUCUGAAAUGCUUUUCGAUAUAACUAAAUUGAAUAUAUAUAUUAAUGCAAUCUUUAUUGUGAUG